CUUAGAACGUCACUUCCGCUCGGUGUUUGUUUACUUCCGGUAACUGAGGUUUUUCCAUCUAGCUCCAGGUUUACUCCCAGCGUGGGUUACUGAUAUUGAAGCCCUCUGUUUAUCAGCUCUGAGUCGGCCAUCAUUUUAGUUAUUGAUCUGUGUGAGGGCUCCCUCCUGGUCAGAUUGCCGAACCGUGUUAUCAGCCAGGCUCGGAGCCCGCCGUUAUCUGCCAAUGGCAGGACCUCAGAUGGAGGACAGCGCUCUGGACAUGGUGACAUGUGAAGAUGAUGGCGAGGAUGAGGAAGGAAUACAGAAUGGAGCGGAGGAAGAUGAAGAAUGUCAGGAGAUCAUUGAGCCAGCAGAGGUGAAAGCAGAGCCUGCUGAACAAAGUGACAGAUUGACCCCUCAGGAGGAGGAAAUGGAAGAAGAAGCUGAAGCUUGCGCUGUGGAAUCUGGUAUUUUAUUCUGUGUUAAAAAUGCUCCCCAUGUUAACCCCCUUAAGGCUUCUUUUUACAGGUGUGCAGGACAUUGAGGACCAGAGCAAAUUUGGGAUUUACUGUUUGCUUUGUAUGGUUUAUUAUUAUUAUUAUUAUUAUUAUUAUUAUUGUACUUAUUUUAAAAGCAGUUAAAGGGACUUUAGGCAGCAUAGCUACUAGUGCACACUGUACUGGCUAAAAAGGCUUAGUGCCAUCCCCUGGUAUAAUGGCUUAGUUAAAAAAAGCAUGUGUUAGCAGAGAGUGUAGGGCAAACAUAUUCUCAACCCAUAUUAAAUGAGACACUGGAACUUCUGCUUAAGGUAUAUCUGAAGAGGAGGUUUUCCCAGAUACUGGAGACCCAGGUAAGGUCCAAACCAUUUGAAAAUGGUUUGAUGCUAUUCUCUGGGAAAAGUCCUCUUUGUACUUUGUACUAGUACCACAUUCUGAGUGAAUAUGGUACUUAGGCUUCCCAUUUAAAUGAACACUUUAAGCCACAUUACCACUAUAGUGUGCUGUAGUAGUUAUUGUAUUAGGAAUGCCCUGGGAACGUCCCACUGUAAGGAGUCAAAUCACUUUAGAACUAAAACUUAACCACCGCUCAGUGUGAACUGGAAGGGUUUGGCUCAUUGGCGGAGAGCGAUCAGCUGAGACUCUCAACCAGUGCACCAGCUCUGCAGGGCUUCGUUCAGGAGAGCCAACGAAAGCUCCCUGUAUCUCACUUAUCUGUAGUGGUGGUGUGAAGUGGUUUCUGGCACCAUAACCACUACAUCACAUUCCAGUUUGAUAGUUUUUUUUGUUUUUUUUUUUAGUUCUAGUUUUUUAUAAUUUUAUUAGUAAAUUUACCCCCAAAGAAAGCAUUCAUGUAUUUUUUCCUGCAUGUAUUCUUUGGGGCUGUAUGGAAAAAUAGCUUGCAAAAGCAGCAGACCUAUCAAGUGCAACCUUUGCAAGCCCUCUCUCGCUCCCCUUUUCCAUGCGCAGACUUGCAGUGUAUGCCAUGGGAUACACCAAUCAGAGGUUACUAAUGGAGAAGCCUCUGUGCCUGUCCUUCUCCAUAAGCUGUAACACCGCAAACUUAAGUUUUUAUGUCUGGAGUGUUCCUUUAAUUCUAGAAUCUAAAUUAAUAACGCGGAUAAGAGGGGAGUGUGAUCUCUGGGCAUCAAGAACCCAUAUUAUAGAUGCAUGAGGAGUGCAGUUGCUCUGGUUCAACCCUCUCCCCCAAUUGUAAAUGGUGAAACUGUUUCAGAAAGUUGGCCGUCUGUCUAAGCUCGUACGGCUUAUUGGCCGAGAGAGAUCAGCUUAAGUUCUCAGCCAAUGAAACAGCCCUGCACUACAUUGCUUAGUAUACACAUUCCAAAGGGGAUACAGUUGUAAACUAAGAGAAAAUUCACAACACCGUGUAAUUUACCAUCAAUAUUUCACCACUAUUUAAUUGAUCUCACAAGAGAUAGUAAGGUAUCAUCAUUUUAACGUGCCUUCCCCGAGGUAUUGGGGUCUGGCUCUGAUAGCACGCCCAGUACACUCUCUGCUCCAAAAAGGAACUCAGAGGUCGAAAGUUUGUGGCAAAAAAAAAGACGUGUCUAUAAGUGCCAUUAUAUAUAGCAGCAGAAUAUUGAUUUUUUACUUGUAUUACACUAUGUUGUGUAAUUUUUUUUCUUCUUAGAUUUUAGCUGUAACUUUUACUGGAUUUUGAUUGCUAUUGUUUGUGGGAUGGAGUUUUGGGGAAAGUCUCCUGGGAAUUGUCUAUUUAUUCCUUCACACCAGGAAUGACUACAAGUUAAGACUUACUUUAUGUACUAUAAUCCUUUUGGUGUAUAUUGUGUACUAUAUCUACAGCACCUAGCUCUGGAAAACUAACAGAAGCGCCUAAGCAGGAGCUUCCAGCUCCUUGGAGAAAGUAGUUGAGGCUUGAAGCAGCAAAGCGACUUACCAGACAUCAGGUGCAAUUUUAAAAAACUAGCGCUCCAGGACCUGGGAACUAUGUUUACCCCAGCAGCAAUUUCCUACUUGCCAAGUGCUCACAGUCCUCUUGCAGUGUGCUCUCACCUGCCCUCCAGCACACUGGAGGUAAGGUAAGACUGCUCUAGUUUUCUCCGUAAUGUCUCCGUAAUUAUUACGGUACUUUGUUUUUAUUCCAUAGAUAGAUAGAUAGAGGUAGGCUCUUUCUUCCCUUCCCGUGUGGCAGAUGUUAUAAAGCAGCUUCAGAUGAAGCUCAAAAGGCAGAAGUUUUGUCCUUCAUGUCAUGGUUCCAGAAUAACCUGCAGCAAACUUUGGACAUAAAGGAAGCUGCUCUGCUAUCGGCACAGUCUGCCGUGCAGUCGAACCCUAAUAAAACGGCUGAACUAAGCUCUCCUCCUUCAAAAAAGAAAAGGUUGCAUUGGGAGAUUCCAGGAUGCAAUGACAAGAGAGCAGAAUCUUGCUUUAAAAUAGCUUCUUUUUUUUUACCCAGAAUAAGGCACUAAUUUCAAGUGCAUCAGUGGCCAAAGCUCAAAGAUGUUGGCUGGAUACUUUGGAGAAAGUUUAUAUGGGUGAAUCAAGAGAAGAUCCUGUAAAACUUCUUAGGAACGUUAAAGGGACACUAUAGUCACCCAGACCAUUUUAGCUCAAUGAAGUGGUCUGGGUGCCAGGUUCCUCAGGUUUUAACCCUUCAGAUGCAAACAUAGCAGUUUCAGAGAAACUGUGUACAUUUGGGGUUAAGCAAGCCUCUAGUGGCGGUCUUCCGGACAGCCACUAGAGACGCAUCUGCAAUGUUUGAGGCAUAUUAUGCCUUAAUCACGCUGACCGUCCGUAGGAAAGCAUUGAAAAAUGCUUUCCUUUGGACACUUUGAAUGCGCGCGCGGCAGUGCCGCGCAUGCACAUUUGGCUCCCGUAAGGAAGCCUGGCGCUGGAAUUAGGUGAGCUACUGAAGGGUUUUUAACCCCUUCAGUGCCACGGGUGGGGGCACCCUCCGGGUACUAUAGUGUCAGAAAAACAGAUUUGUUUUCCUGACACUAUAGUGUCCCUUUAAAAUGGCUGUGGCUUUUCUGGCUGAUUCUUCAUCUGUUUCACUUUCAGCAAAAAUGAUGGGGCUUUCUAAUGUAACCAGACGUGCAGUAUGCCUCAGAAGCUUGCCUGCUGAUCCUGCUUGUAAAAAUUUGUUGUGUGAUCUUCUUGGUCACAACCGGAUGACCUGCUAAAACAUAUGGCGGAAGGUAGGAAAGCCUUACCUGAAGAAAAGAUUAAAAAAAAAUUGGAACAAGCCAUUCUUCAACAAAACCAGAAGUUUUUACAGAGACUCCUUUCGUAGGUUCUCAUAUAAGAAACAUCAAAGAAGGCUAUUUUCUUUUCAAGAUAAAGGCAAAAGGAAUUUACCAUAGAAAAAUAAUAAGAUGAUGAUGACACCAUUCCAGUAUGUGGCAGACUUCUGUUAUUCAUUUCAAUAUGGCAGAAGACUACUACAGACAGCUGGAUCCUUUCAGUGGUUCAAAGAGGUUACAGAAUAGAAUUUUCCGACAUUCCUCCAAGCAGUUUCCUUUGUUCAACCGUGCAUUCCGAAGAUAUUGCGUCAGUUGUUCUCCAAGAAGUUUUGGUCUUGUGGCAGAAAAAUGUGAUCGAGAUACUUCCAGAAGGAGGAGAAUUCAAGGGCUCUUAUUCAAAAUGUCCUAUUCUGGAUUUAAAAUACGUAAACAGAUUUGUGCUUCAGAAAAUGUCACAUGGAAAACCUCUUCUUCUCUGCCUCUCACAUAAUUCCUCCAGGUUCAUGGCUAUGUUCCAUCGAUUUGCAAGAUGCCUAUCUACACAUACCCAUAGCAGCAGCAGCCAGCAGAAGGUUUUUAAUAUUUGCCAUCAGAUAUCAGGAUCAACUACGGCAUUUCCAAUUCACGGACUUGCCCUUUUGGCAUUUAUUUGGCUCCAAAAGUCUCUUUUCCAAGAUACUUAUGGUCAUCAAAGCAGAAUUGCGAAAAAGAGGUUUCAACAUCGUACCUUACCUGGACGACUGGUUACUCUUAGCUUCUUCAGAGAUGCAAAUGCUGAAUGGCGUCAGAAGAGCUUCCAGCAACCUACAAAAACAUAGUUGGAUUAUAAACAAAGACAAAUCGGACCUUACCCCGUCUCGUUCUAUCCUUUUUUUUUGGGUCUCAUUUUAGACUCCAUUCAAAUUAGGAUUGUCCUUCCAGAGGAGAAGAUAAACAAAAUGAAAGUAACCAUUAUCAACUUGCAAAAGAAGAAGAUUUGCACUAUAAGAGAAGCAAUGAGACUUCUGGGUUUGUUCACUGCCACAAUUCCAGCUGUAAACUGGGCCAAGGCACAUAUAAGACCAUUACAGAAGAAUAUCCUCGCGUCCUGGGACAGGAAAACUUUGUCCCUAGACCAGUCCAUGAAUCUAAACUCCUCUGAUCUGCUGAGCUUCCGUUGGUGGAUGACAUUGCAUUUCCUUUCAGAAGGUCUUUUUGUUUACGUAACAACUGACGCAUCAAGUAUGUGAUGAGGUGCUCACAUGGAUACAAAACUGACAAAAGGCUAUUGGAAUCUGCAAGAUGCAAGGAAAUCUUUAAACUUCAGGGAACUGAAAGUCGUAUGGUUGGAACUUCUCUCCUUCAAAAGACAUCUGGUGGGUCAUCUCACACCAAAAAGUCAGACAAUUCAACCGCGGUAGCCUAUGUUUACAGAAAAGGGGGGACGCUCAAUUGCUCUAGAACAGUUAUGCUCCAACAUAACGUUGGUCAGAAAUACACCUUUUGUCAGUAUCUGCAGUCCACAUAAAGGGAGAAAGAAAUACGCUUGCAAACGCUCUCACCAGGAAUCGCCUGAAACAGGGAUAUUGAUUUUUCUCCUCAAAUUUUUUUAGGAAAUUAUGGAAAAAUUUGGAAUUCCAGUGAUGGAUCUCAUGGCCUCCAGGGAAACCAAGAUGCAUUGAGAAAGUGCUUUGUCUGAAACAUUUGUACGGAUGCUUGUUCUUCAAUUAAAGCUGUAGCACUUGUUGCGCGCACACACUUGUGGUUGCGCUUCCCUCCUUCUUUUCUAAAUUUUGUCUGCAAAUAUCACUGUAGGAGUCACAGUGGGAUGGGAUAGCAGCACCUGUACCUUGUUGUUUUACUGCCUAUUUGGAGUACUGUGUUACUCCAGUCUUUUUUUCAUGUGAUCAACUUAUAGAGAACAAAGAAAUCCCAGAAGAAGUUCUGCGAAUGCGCAGGUUGAUGGCCUGGCUGCUGCACAGCUGAUACUUCACCACAAAGAUCUGGCUGAAAAUAAGUUUAACAUCUUGCUAGGUUCCACAAGAAGAUCCACGUCUAAAAUCUAUUUGAGAAUUUGGCUGAAGUUCCUCCAUUGGUGCCAUAGUAAUCACGGCCUUCAUCUUCAACGGAUUUCAUCAUCCGUUUCCUUCAGGAAAGAUUCUCUGCGGGGCUUAGUGUCUCUAGCCUAAUGGUCCAACUAUCUGCUAUUUUGGUAAAAAAAACCCUGGCUACAGACCUUCUUAUUCGUAGACUUAUUUUUUAUCAGACCUACUACUAAGUCCUUUUUUCCAACUUGGGACUUGUCUAUUGUGCUUAGAGCACUUUGGAACCCUCCUUUGGAACCGAUAGAAGAGAUUCCUUUGAAGCUGCUAUUCUUUAAGACUGUGUUUCUGGUGGCAAUCACAUCUGCAAAGAGGGUUGGUUGAGUUGAUUCAGGCCCUAUACGCUUCUGAAAACGUCACAAUUUUUUCCCCUGAAAAGGUUAUUCUACAUCCUAAACCAUCUUUUUUGCCAAAAGUGAUCACUUCAAAAGCAAUUAACAACCCGAUUAUACUGCCAUCUUUUUGUAGCAACGCUUCUCAUCCUCAAGAGAGAGGCACAUGUGUGACGCACAUGACUUGGCACGUGUUGUAUGUCAGGAGAUCUCUCCAGAUGUACAUCCUCCGAUCUGCUGAUUUCAGAAAAUCAGACCACCUAUAUGGGGUUUUUUUUUUUUUUUUGUAAAUUGAAAGUUAAUAAGGUCUCAAACAAUAAGAUUUCCAGAUGGCCUGUGGAUAUGAUUAAGCAAGCCUAUUCUUUCAAUAAUCUGCCUACCACUUUAAAAGCACACACUCUACCAGAUCCAUGGCCACUUCUAGGGCUGAAAAAUAUCAGGCUUCGCCAGAAGACAUUUGUAAGGCAGCCACCUGGUCAUCCUGUGAUACCUUUAAUAAACACUAUAGGCUAGGUAUACUCUAGGCUUCUGAAGCCUCUUUCAGGUGCAUGGUGCUUCAUGCAGUGGUUUCCUGAUGCCUUUCCUUAAAUUUGGGAUAUUGCUAUAUCCCUCCUGUACUGCCACCAUAUGCCAAGCAAAACAGUAAUUUUUACUUAUAGUAAAUUAGCUUUUUUCCUUGAUAUCGGGGCAGUAUAAGUCUUCCUCCCUUAUUUUGAGAUUUCAUUUUUUUUUUCAGUAUUGGCGUCUCUGUGCAGUUCUUGGUAUGAGCUGAGGUAUGAUGGGCAGGAUGGCUUAUAUACCAGUAGGGGGAGUUGCCCCCUAUCUUUUAGUUAUUGUCCCUAAGGAAUACAUUUUUUUGUUUGUUUUUUUUUGCUUUUAGUUAUUUAUUUUUAUGAUGAUUGUACUAUUGACUACAUUCUCAGUAGAUAAAAAAUUAGAAAUCUAACUAGGAGAGGAAAAAAAUUAACUUUCACCAUUUUAAAGGAUUUAGUUUCUUCCCCUAAUAAAAUGGAAGCAUGUCAAAGCUGUUUCCCUGCGUCAGAAAAAUUGUCACUUCCACAUUGGCGGGAAAAUAUCUCGGAAAGUAAAGGCACACUUUUGCAUUUUUAUUAUACAUUGGAGAUAAUAUAUAUGUGAACCCAUAACAGAAUUUUUAAUUACCUUUAAUUCCUUUUUGAAUGUUUGCAGUAAUCACAAUUCGGUUCUACUUUUUCAUUGGCUAGGCAUCUUCAAAUGUGUAAUUAAAAUUGCAGCAUCCUACUGUCCAGACAUCUCACCUGUUGGAUAAAAAGCCCUCACAGUAACAGGAAUCUCAAUCAAAUAUAAGACCGAAAAUACUGAAAAAUGAAUUUAAAGGGACAAUGUAGACAUUAUAACUGCUUCAUCUCAUUAAAGUAGUUAUAGUGUCUGGAGUACCCUGUUGCCAUCCUUAAACCAUUUUUAACGGCUUAAGGGGAUUCUCCAGUGCCCCUCUCCCUCCCUCCCCCCCAUCCCAAGUUACUUAAGGGGUUAAAACUCCUUCAGUGACUUACCAGAGUCCAGCGCCGAUGUCCCUUGGUGCUGGGUCAGGCUCCGCCUACUCUCCUCCCCUGCAGACGUCAGCCGGCGGGGAAGACCGCAUGCGUGGCAAAGGCAGUACAUGUGCAUUAGAUCUCCUCAUAGGAAAGCAUUAUACAAUGCUUUCCUAUGGGAAUUUCGGCGACGCUGGAGGUCCUCACAUAGCUUGAGGACAUCCAGCAUCGUUUUAAAAUACUUUUCGUGUUCUAUGAACACGGAAGUCCCUCUAGUGGCUGUCUAGUAGACAGUAGACAGCCACUAGAGGAGGAGUUAACCCUGCAAUAUAAAUAUUGCAGUUUAUAAAAACUGCAAUAAUUACACUUGCAGGGUUAAGGGUAGUGGGAGUUGGCACCCAUACCACUCCAAUGGGCAGAAGUGGUCUUGGGCCUGGAGUAUCCCUUUUAAUGAUAAAUGAGAGUCCACAGUAGAGCAUCCCUUCUGUUAUUUGGACUACUGAGGAAGCAUUGGCCUGUGCAGCAAUGGGUGACUAUCACAAGGUAAAACCCCAACAUGCAGAGUUUAGGAUAGCAAAGGACGAAACCAGGAAAUAACCUAUUACUGGGCUUUAGACUGGCCGGUCUUAAAGUUGGACAGAGGGAAAAGCGUAGUCAAGGUGACCUCGUUCAGGGUAACCGAGAGACAAUGUAAACAAGAACUGCCCAGAGUCAAAUACAUGGAAUUCAGUCAAACAGGCAAACACAGGAAAGGGUUUAAGAUAAACGCACAGUCAGUAGCAAAGCCAAGGUCAAUACCAGAAAAUACCCCAGGAAUCAAGAAAUGUACUAAAAGUUAAAGGAAUCAGAAACUACAAUAGGGCACAGUAGAUUGGACUAGGCAUGCUUAAAUACCUUCAUGUGACUUUUUGGAUUGGUUUAUGUCAUUAGUGCGACCCCCAGAAUGUGUGUGCAUGGGGUCGCCGUAACUAACUUGUGGCUCCCAUUGCCUCUUUAAGAACGUGUUCGGGACACGAACAUCAUUCUGAAUUAUACUAUUUGGGCCGCGCAACUGUUCAACUCUGCUUUCGGAGGCGCCUCUCAGGUUAGAAACUCGAGGUAGGUCCCGGUCCUGCGGUGAGCCCUCUUGCCCGAUUGUGAGAGCAAGAAAGAUAUCAGUUUGAAGCACGAAUUCGGAUGGUGAAGAGGGGAGUGGCACUGUACCACGGAUUGUGGUUGAUUAUGGUAGAUUAAUCGCCAGAUAUCAGGAGCUUUGAAGAAUGGCAUCCAGUCAGCUCAGACCUGCUAAGUUAUUUAUUAAUUGUAGCGGAGCUGCAAUACCUGGCAUAGGUAUUUGCACCAAAUCCUCUUGAAGCUGGAACAAGCACUGUUGGUGAAUAGCUCUAUUCCCCCCGUAACUAGACGACACAUAGUUCUGGAAGUACAUCUGAUUUUAUUACCCAGCAUGAGUCUCUAUUCACAUACAGGUGCCAGAUAACGGUUAAAAUUAGUAUCUUCUAUAUCAGAAGGUGCUACAUACAAAAUACCCCUAAUAAAAAUAAGCAGAAACCUCAACAAGAUGGUAAAAUAGCCUUCAUCCAAGGUGUGUAGCCAAAUCACCACCAGGGUAAAGUUCUGACUGUCCGCUAGUAAAGUUCAAUCCGAAAAUAGUUCCAGGGGAAAUGUCCUUGCGGUCAAUUGUCGGGAGCUCCUGCACCUGUAUGGGGGCUCCACCUGGCUCUCAGGUAGUGAUUGGUCACAUUAGUCUGUAGUACCUUCCCACCAAAUAGCUCUCUCCUGCAGGUUGCGGAGUGUGGUAAAAGAGGGGAUAAAAGUGACAGAGGACUGGAGGUUAAAAUAUUGACACCAUAGUUCCAGGAGGUUGGGGGCCAAGGGCUGUUAAGGACCAUUUUGCUGAUUUGUGACUGAAUGACUACCAGGUUGGAGCGUUUGGUAGAAGGGAAGGUACAGAGCCAGGGUGAUUAUAGUUAAUUCGUCGAAAAAGUAAACAAAUAGGAUCAGGUCCGCCACAUUAAUAUGUUAACUGUGUUAUGAAUAAAAAUGUCAACUAGUAAUAAAUAGUAACAUCUUCUACCACCGUUAAUGUAGCUGUGUAGGAGAACUAGCCAUCCUGUACUGUUAGAACUACACGGAGAAGCCCUCCGCAGAAAUCAUGACCAGGAGGCACAAGUGUAUAAACGUGUGUCCUGACUCUGAGAGUUUGGCCGAACCCCGCUCCCAUCCACGCACAGCGGACUGGGAAAGCUUUCCUGGGUGGUCCGGCCGCCCCAAAACCCAAGCCCAAACUACCCUACCAAGUGUUCAAGAAAUUUGCGGAGGCUGAAGAGGGGAUAGAUGACUUUUUGCAGGACUUUGAGCACUUCUGCCUGCUACAUGACAUUGUCCCAGCAGACUGAGUCCACAUUCUGGCCGUGAAACUCACGGGGGAAAGCUGUGGAUGCUUACCGGGCUGUGCCCAAAGAGCACCUGCAAAACUCUGCCGCUGUGAGGCGGGACCUGUUGACGAGGUAUGUCAUCACCUCACAGGCAUAUCACUGAAAGUUCAGGGAAAUGAAGAAGGGGUCCCAGGACUCUUGCUGAACGGGCUUGCCGCCUGAGCAAGGAAGCCCAAAGCUGGAUGCAGUCCCAAUAGGCUAAGACCCCAGAGGAAGUUCUCCAGUUGUUCCUGUUGGAACAUUUCUACCAUAGGCUACCCACCGAGAUACAGGACUGGGUAAGGGACCGACUGCCUAAGACCCUGACCGAAGCAGCCCAAAGAGCAGAUGUGUACGCAGAUACCAGGUGACCCCAACGUCCGGCUGCCACUCCAGCCUCCUGUCCUCCUGUACGCCUGGCACCCCAAUUUACCUCGCCUGCAGCUCCCAUUCCAGAGGUUCACCGGCUCCCGCACCACCUCAGAGGACACCCAACCGGGCAGCCAUCCAGUGCCACCAAUGUUCCCAGUGGGGCCACUACAAGAGGGAGCGCCCUCAGCUAAAGGGGCCGGUCCUCGUGGAUCCGUCCAGGGCUGCCUCCUACACCAUGAGCCGCUAUCCACUGUUAUCAGGCAGCCCCCACCUACACCCCUAACCCCAACGAGGAAGCCUGGCUCUCCAUAUACAAGUGGCCACAGAUAACCGUCAUGGACCAUCACCGGCAACCGGUCCAGCUGAACGGACACCCAUCCCAGGGUCUGCGAGACUCUAGGACCAUGCUGACCCUUGUGCAGCACCAGCUUGUCGCAGAGAAGGACAAGCCCGGAGGAACCAUGCUUGCCCACCGCCUGCCCACAGCUCGGGUCCAUCUCGAUUGGGGCGCCGGGAACCAGAUAGUGGAGGUCGGGCUCAUGAACAACCUUCCCACCAAUGUGCUGCUGGACAACGACCUAGGUCUGCUUACCGCACCAGUGAUGAUCACCUGGAAAAAGGGGAUUAUUGUACCGCAUGGUAGAGAAAAGAGGUUCAUGGACCAUUUUGACUACUACCAAACAGCUGGUUGUACCCAGGAAAUAUAGGCCGGAGCUAUUGAAGAUAGCUAACGAUAUUCCUCUGGCAGGGCAUUUGUGAAAAGGUCGUACGUAGAAUCGACUCACCCAAACCUUCUUCUGGCCAGGCAUCUCCAGGGACGUGCAGCGGUACGGUCAGUCCUGCGAUGUCUGUCAGAGUGUGAGGAAGCGGGACGACCGGCACAAGGCCAAGCCCCUGCCCAUCAUUGAAGACCCCUUCGGCAGAGUUGUCGAUAUAGGCUACCUGGCUAAGCCUAGUCCCUCUGAGUAGAAGCAUAGUCUGACCAUUGUGGUCUAUGCGACUCAUUACUCUGAGGCAGUCGCCCUGAGUAAUAUUCAGGCAGAGACUGUGCCCGAAGCCCUGAUGCGUGUGUUCUCCCGAAUGGGCUUUCCCCGAGAGAUCGUUUUAAAUCUGGACACUGUUUACUGCCAUGAUGACUAAUCAACUGUGGAGGUUAUGUGGCAUUAAACCGAUCCUGAGCUCCUCCUAUCACCCGAACGAGGACCUCCCUAGUGCCCUAUCAGAAUGUUCUCACUUGCAACCCAAGUGUGAAACCGCAAGGGAAGUAAUUAAUGAGUGCUACCCUGGGUGGCCGCCGUUUCGUAUAUACGAACUCCAUCCAUGGGGAGCAUUUGCAACCCGAAAGGAGACGCUUCUCUUAUCUGGGUUUCACACCAGGACUUCGCGAAAAGAGACUAGCAGACCGAGGCGAGGCUCCCUGAGAUUGGUGUGGGCCCUUCUGGGGCACUGGCAAGUUUUGGUGGGCUCUCAUGAGCCCGAGGGACAAAGAGACCAGCUUGUUUCCUGCAGGCAGGCUUUUCUGUGCCUGGAGACAAAGGGACGGUCCCUUUUUGCUGUGCCUAGACUCACAGGCACAGAGGCACUUGGAAAGAAGACCACUGGCGGUUGGUGUGGGGAACCCUGGAUAUUUAGUGGCGGGGUAUGGGCAUAAAGAGUAUAGAAGAAGUAUAUUCUGACCAUCGUGGACUAUGCGACUCAUUACCCUGAGGCGGUUGCCUGAGUAAUAUUCAGGCAGAGAUUGUGGCCGAAGCCCUAAUGCAAGUGUUCUCCCGGAUGGGUUUUCCCUGGGAGAUCGUUUUAGAUUGGGGAACUCAGUUUACCGUUGGGACCUCGGGGAGGGGGUGGAUUGUGGGAUGUGUCCUUGUAUGUGUGUGUGUGAUCCACCCCUUGCACGGGGUAUGCAUAAAAGCAGCGUGUGACCAAUAAAAUUAUGUUGUACCUCCAGAACUAGGUCUUGUCCAGUUACUGGGGGGUAAUGAGUCUUGUUGCAGUUUAAGUGGUUCCUCACCGGCUGAAGGAAGGAUAUAUAAAAAUUGCGGGCAUGUGAUUGUGAUGACAUCACGAUCGCAUGGCCCGGAGGGGACUGCCAAAGCAAAUCAUCAGGGUAAGCAUGUACCCUGUGGCUCAGGGGCUGAAACACUUGUGUAAAAUCCUUCAGGUUGGUCAAUUGAUUAAGUUUAGUUUAAUCAUUCUUAUUAAGGAAUAUAGCGCUCUACUGAAUGUUGUGGGUUUUUUUUUUUUGUUUUUUUUUUAAAAUCUACACCUGAAUGAAUCUAUUUUGUCCUGAUUUACAUGUGGUGGAUUUUUCAUUGAAUAAGACUCCACAGGUAAAAUCCAGAUAUAUCAAUUCCUUUGUGCAUAAAUUAAAAGGAAUUUGAAUAAUUCAACCCACUUAAAGCACAUUUGUGCACAAGUCUGUUUCUUAUCUCAUGCUCUGGUAAUUGUCUACUAGAGUCUACAGGAGCCCCCGGUAUGAUGAAAGUUCGAUUGACCAAGUAGGAGAUAACUUCUCAUGGAGACUGUGUGAGUCAUGGUCAGGGGAGGCGUGGGCAGGGUUAAAUAAACCAAAUGAUUUAACUCCCAAAUGGCCGAAAACUAACCAGGGGCAACAUUACUUGGAUGCUUGGAGUAUCCCUUUAACAACCAAUAUGCAUGUGAAUUUAAAGGUAAAACAAAAAGCUACAAAGUGACAGAGCCACUUUAAGUAAGGAUUGGUUAACAGAGAAGAUAUAUGUGGAUUGGAGGUAAAUAGUAUAUAUCAAUUUGAUAUGUUUAUAUAUUAAAUUGUGAAUGUAGAUCUUGUUUCCAUUUUGUGCAAUACCCACUCUUGUUUGCAGAUGAAUGUUCACAGAAAAAGUACCAUUGGAUGGAGGAGCACCUACGAGAGGAUGAAAAACAAGGUCGUACAUAUCAUGAAUAUAACGAACGGACAUUUUGCGAUCGGUUAGGAAUUUUUCUUUAUUUAAGUUUCUUAUUGUGUUAUGUUAACAUAUCUCAAUCUUGUAUUAAUGUUUCUGGUUACCAUCUAUUUGACAAUGUUUGUUUUUUUUUACCACUGUUUUUGACUUCUUUAGUCCUGGCAAGAUUAGCAGGCAACAGGAGCAUAAAUUCAUGGUAAAAAUAGCUCAUGAGGAUGCACGAUCCAUUCAUUCAAAUAAGGAUGGGAAUGGAUGGAGAAGGAGAACAGAACAGGAGUGGCUUGCACAGUGCAAAAGGGGUGAAAGGAGCACUGGCUUGGGGGAGUGCCAUGGAAAAAUGAGGAAGGAGAUAUGUAGCAAUAGAAAACUGGGAGAACCCAAUGGAAAAUGGUGGAAGGUGAUGGAAAACAAAAUGAAGUGCAGCAGAGGGAGAGCAUAAUGAAAAUUGGGGAAUGGGUAAAAAUAAAAAGGGAGAGAAAUGGGAGCAGACUGUGCAAGUGAAUUGGAGAGGAACACAAAGAAUGGAGGGAGCAGUAGAAUGGGGAGAAGAAAGAUGUUAGGGAGAAGUACAUAUAUAUCAUUUUUAUAUUGUGUUGAUGUCUUACUACCACUAUAUUUACCUUCCCUAGUCCUGGCAAGAUUAGCAGGCAGUGGGAGCAUAAAAAUUAGCUGAUAGAUUAAAAAUAGCUGAUAGAUGCACACCCUCCAAUUACUCUGGUUGAAUAUUGGUUUUGGAAAGGAAACAGAAGCUUUAUUCGGCCCCCUAAAGCAGGUAGAGGUAUCCCACUCAGAUGCAAUGAAGCAGCCAUCCUCAUACAGCAAAACAGAAAGGUAGAAGAGGAUCAAUGGCAUAAGGGAAUGCAAUGUAAAAGCAGGGGAGGGUUGUGGAGGAGAGGUAUAGCAAUGGAAAACUGGAAGAAGCAAAUGGAAAAGAGAGUUGAAGAAGAGCACAAUAGAAAUUGUGGGUAAAAAUACAGGGGAGAGAAAUAGAAAUUGUGGGUAAAAAUACAGUGGGAGAGAAAUGGGGAUGGAAGGUGAUGGAAAAUGAGAGUAGAAGGAGAGCACAAUGGAAAUGGGGGUGAUGGGUGAAAAUACAGUGGGAGAGAAAUGGUGAUGGAAAAAGAGAGUAGAGGGAAAGCACAAUAGAAAUAGGGGUGAUGGGUGAAAAUACAGUGGGAGAGAAAUGGGGAGGAGAAGAUGAUGCAAAGCAUUGGGAGACUAAUGAAAAUAAUGCAGGAAGAAAUAAAAAAUGGUAGGGAGCAAUAGAAUGGGAGGGAAACAAAAGAGAUGUGAGGGAGAGCGCAAUGGAAAAGGUUAAGGAGAAGAGAAGUAAUGGAAAAGGGUUGGUAUGUUGAAAAGUGGAAUGGGGAGGAGUGUAAGGACAGAGCAGUGGAAAAAGUAUAUUUUAGGUUUAGGUCUAAAUUGAAUUCUAACCUUAAAUGUAAUGCAAACCAUAAUCCUGUAUGUUUUGCUAACUCUAAAUGCAAUGCCUCUUAAAAAGGAAGAUGUGGAGCAAGAGAAAACUGGGAGAACAAAAUGGAAAAUGGUGGAAGGUGAUGGAAAAUAAAAUAAAGUGGACCAGAGGGAGAGCAUAAUGGAAACUGGGGAAUGGGUGAAAACACAAAGGGAGAGAUGUGGGAGCAGUCUGUGCAAGUGAAUGGAAGAGGAACAUAAAAAAAUGUUAGGGAGAAGUUAGACAUACAGUAUAUAACAUUUUUAUAUUGUGUUGCUGUUUUUCUACCACUAUAUUUAAUUUUCCUAGUCCUGGCAAGAUUAGCAGGCAAUGGGAGCAUAAAUACAUGAUUUAAAAUAGCUGAUAGAUGCACACCCUCCAAUUACUCUGGUUGAAUAUUGGUUUGUGGAAAGGAAACAGAAGCUUUAUUUGGCCCCUAAAGCAGGUAGAGGUAUCCCACUCAGAUGCCAAGAAUCAGCCAUCCUCAUACAGCAAAAUAUAAAGUUAGGGUAAUGGGAGGGUGGCUGUAAUUGAGUGAAGUAGGUAAAGUUAUGGAAUGGGGAGAGGUUAGGGAGACGUGGAAAAAGAGAACAAUGGAAAUAGGAGGAAAAUGGGUAGAAGAGGAUCAAUGGAAUGGGAGAAUGAAAUAUAAAAGUGGGGGAGGUUUGUGGAGGAGAGAUAAAGCAAUGGAAAAUUGGGAGAAGCAGAUGAAAAAGGGUGGAAGGUGAUGGAAAAGAAUGGGAGAGAAACAAAAAAGAGAUGUGAGGGAAUGCGCAAUGGAAAAGGUUAAGAAGAAGAAGAGAAGUAAUGGAAAAGGGUUGGUAUGUUGAAAAGUGGAAUGGGGAGGAGUGUAAGGACAUAGCAGUGGAAAAAUAAGUAUAUUUUAGGUUUAGGUCUAAACUGAAUUCUAACCCUAAAUGUAAUGCCACUUGAAAAUAUUCUGUAGUAACACUUAUUUUUAAUUUUUAGUUAAUUUCAUUUAAAAAAUAAAUGCCUGAAAAAUGAAAAUGUUGUAUGGCUCCUAAUUUUGGCUCCUCCUAGGUUCUAUGCUAUUUUGUCAAGACCUGGGCUAGAAGGUCUCCAAGCCCACUGAAGAGUGGAACAGUAAUUGCCAAGUCCCUUUUAUGUCAAUCGAGCUAUUGCUUGUACAUACCAGACAACAGGCUGAUCUAUUUUAUAACCGUAAUAUUGAAGAGGGGUGGCUAUCCAAAGCAAAAAUCUUGUUAGAAUAUAAUAAUUAUUUGUUAAUGCUUUUUAUCUAGUAAUCGGUCUAAUCACGGCAAACUCUGUGCCUUGGCACCUUCUGAUGGGUCCUAUCAAAUGUUCGAUGCUGCUUUCACCAACUUACAGCAUCUGUGAAAAACAGGGGACAGCAACAUUAGAGUUCCAGAUCAAACCUUCAAAUCUUUACGAAGGGCUUAUUUCUGUCAUGACCUACACUGAAUUGGAUCAGUUAGGCCUCCUAAGUAUAUACUGUCUGCCCAUCACUGACCUUCUACUCUAUGUAAUCGGGGCACUGGUAGGGGACCUUUUCUGUUUAAUGGUGCUGAAAUUACUUGCAAAACCCAGCUGAGUGUGGAUAUUAUUUUAGAAACUGGAAUUACAGCACAAACCUACCAUGUUACUUGUCGAGGGCUUUUUUCCCCUUUACCAACAACACAGAAUGGCAUCUGCAACACUCCCUGGAAAAAACUGGCAGCGCUUGUUGAGCCUGAUGGCUACCCAAGCAUUUCUGCGUGUCAGUCAUAUCUUAUAUUGGGACAUGUUACACAUAUUUACCUUGGAUCUUUCAUAAUGACCCCUUUUUAUCUUAACUGUGGCAUAUUUCAUAGGAUUCUUUGUGCCUUGAGGAUUUCAAGCAGCAAGUCAAGUUGUCCGUUUACUCUAGUGAUAAAAUUGACUCUUCUUUACUUUAAAACUUCUCUAAGCCCUGCUGGACUUCCCUGUUAAAUGUGCCUGUACCUUUUUGGGUUAGUGUUAAGUUACCAGAUCUUGUGUGUUGCAUAUUAUUUAUUGUUGUAUUGUUUUUGUUUUACUUCUUAUGUACUCAUCAAAUAUCUCACCUUCAUCUCUGCUUCAUACCCAUAAUGACAUUGCUAAAUCUUAACCUUUAUCACCUCACCUCUCAUAUGUUCCAAGAUCAUUUGUAUACUUUAAUGCUUCAUCUUAAUAAUUGUUUUCCUUUGUUCUUUUUCUCUCUAUCCUUUUUCAUGCUUAGAAUGAGCGUUUUGUUUUUCCACCUUCCGAAUCACUACUAUAAAAGCCUCCCUGUUAAUCAUUUCCCAGUUUAGAAGCGGGACUUAAAGGGACACUAGAGUCACCUGAACCACUACAGCUUAAUUUAGUUGUUUCAGUGAGUAUAGUAUGUCCUUGCAGGCAUUUUGCUGUAAACUCUGCAUAACAGAGAAAACAUAUACCAGGCUUCCCCAAACUCCAGCCCUCCAGAUGUUGCUGAACUGCAACUCCCAUGAUUCUCUGCCUAUCUCUUUCAUUUAUAGAAUCAUUGGAGUUGUAGUUCAGCAACAUCUGGAGGGCCAGAGUUUGACAAAGCCUGACCUUUACCAUUUGCAAAUCAGACAGAUUCCACCUAUAAGGUCACUUCAGAAUCGAAAUGCUGACAAGCUCCACCUGCAUGAGAGAUGCAGCAACAAUUGUUUCUCCUUUGUAUCUUGUCACCAAAAUGCAGCUCAUAUCCCUUCUCUAAAUUCUCACUGAAUAAUGGUGUUGCCCAUGUCUGGCUACUCUACAACUGAAGGAAUGUGUAACUGGGCUCCUCUCUCCUCAUAAGUCACAAGGCCAUCAGACAAGAUAUGUUUUGUUUUUUUUGUCAAAGACUUAUUUCCAGUCCUCUGUGACCCCUUUUGAAUGAGGUAUGGAAUCACCCAUCAUUAUGACAACUUGGGUCCAAGCAAUACACCAAUAUUGUGAAACCUUUGAAAUCAGAUGUGCACAUUUGUGAUUGUCCUGUUGCAAUUAACACCUAUGACCCUGCUUUUGAUAUUUCUUUAGAUUUGCAAGAUUAGUUUGCCCUCACCCUACCUGAUAGCCUUAUUCCGUGGUUGUCCUAAAUAUUGGUAAUGUACUUCACAACGACCCUCUGAUUUAAACUCUGAUUUACUCCCUGUGACGAAGCACCUUUACUCCAACCGAGUACCUCUGCCCAGUCCGCUUCCUAGCCACUUGCUGGGACCCUGGAGCACUUCAACCCUAGUCGCCAAAGUUUGACUAGGAUCUCUCUGGAGCUCUUUCCUUCAAGGCAGGUAUCAUCCCCUCUGCCUCUUCAGUUCCUCUCCUAAGCAGGGAUCAACAGCUCUGCUUAUAGUGAUUGCUCCUGUCUUUACACUUGCGUUCCUUAGGCCAUGGUCUCUUUUGACAAAAAAAAAAUAAAAAUCAACAUAUAUAUAAAACAUUGGAGAACGAGCAAUUAUAAUUAAUACAUGAACUACAUAAUACAAAUACCAUUUUACAACAAAAUAAAAAGCAACAAUAUAAGUAGUUAACCACGUUUUUGGUUACCAGCAUUAUGCAAAUGAACUUUAUUAUGCCACCCUGGCUUUUAUGCAAGCCCCGUGCAAGGGGAACUCCCACAGGGAUGGACAUGGUACAGCCAAUCAUAACAAGAGAAAUAGUUAUACACUCCCAUUGCAAACAUAUAAUUCCCUCCCGUGAACCUGAAGAUAAUUAAGGCAGAUAACCUAAUAACUUCAUUAUCUCCAAGCAGAAAAAGUAAAUUUUCCCCCAACUUUCAGAACACCCCUAAAACAUGGCGUAUCCCUUUAAAAGUCAUAUCCCCCGAUAGCCCUGAUCUGGGUGACCAACAUAUCCAAAAAUCACCCAGAUCAGUUCAGGGGUUCUCAAAUUCCAUGGAGGUCUUAGGUGACCGGCUACCCACGAGGCUGCUGCCCAAAACAGUUCCAUGAGUUUGGGUGGUUUUGACGGUCUAUUUUGUGAAGUGGAAAUAAAUGAAUAAUCCCACGAACGGUUCCCAUUGGCUCUUAGCAGUGAUUGUUCCCCUCAUACGAAUGAACAAAAGUACCAAAUAGCGCUCUCCUAGCUGUUCGGGAAACGAAGAUACAGCGUUUGUAUGUUGGGACUGGUGUUCGGAAAGUCGAGUGUCCGAUUUUUAGUUCCAGACACUCGACGACCAAGUCCCGCUGCCUUUGUUCACACAAACAAGAUGGCCGCACAGGUAGAGGGUUUAAUUGCAGCAUGCUUUUAAAGUUAACGAGCCAGGGGGGUGGUCUCUGUUCGGCAGUUACAUCUACCGAAUGAAAAAGGGGAGAAAUACCGAACACAAAGAGGUAUUUCUUCACAGGGUCCAUAGUCUGUGGGUAGGAGGCUGGUCUUCAAGUCUCUCCAAAAGACCCUGACAUGGGAGCUUCUGUCACACUUUCCCCCUUGGUGGGUGUAGAACUGAGUAACAGACUUAUUAACUUUAUUCACUUGAUCGAGAAAUCUUGUUCAGUUGCACUAUCCUGAACAUGGAUAGUGCUUUCGUUCUGGUGGAUUGAAGGUAUGCUUUUUGCACCUUCUUAUUAACCAACAGUCUUCUUAAUUGGCCAUCACUUCAUGAUCCUCAACCAAACAUGCCAAUACGGUCUUCUCCACAAUGCGUGUUCUAGUUUAUUCCCCACUGUAAAAGACUAUGGAAAACCAUUUAAAAUAAGGUCAAAUAGUCUUUGGUGGGAACCACAAUGUUACCUUAGCUCACUAGUAUUACAAGGGGCAAAGGUAUGGAUCAAAUUCCUUCUCUUGGUGUGUUUUCGAAAAGUACUGUUUAGAAAGAUGGCUUUAAGCAUUUAAAGCAUCCUUUGCCAUCAGGAUGCUUAAAUCAUCCUAUGGGACAUUAUGGUACAUUUACUCCAUAUAUGGUGAAAUGGUGAUCUGAUGCUUCUAUGGAGCACAUAUUUUUAAAACCUUGCUGCACAUUAAUUUGAGAUCUUUAAAUUGAUUGUACUUCUUAAUAGAAAAUUCCUGUUGUACUAAUGUUUAAAGUCUGUGUGUGACAAGUAGAAUGUGCUUUGUACCUUUGUGAAAAAUUAACCCCUUAAGGACACAUGACGGAAAUAUUCUGUCAUGAUUCCCUUUUAUUCCAGAAGUUGUGUCAUUAAGGGGUUAAGGAAGGAGGUUAAAAUAGGUUAUCUGAGAAUUUAAAGAUAACCCUGACUUUAUCCCUGCCAAAUCACUUUUAUAUCAUACUACCAUUUACAAGAAAUCUGAGACAUUAACGCUAUUGUCUGUGGCAAAAAUCAAGAGUAAACCUCCUGGAGUUUUUGUAUUAUGUUGCCCUUGAUAGGGCACUUGACUAUACAGUUGUUCGUUUCUAAAGAUAAAUCGUUAUAUGUACGGAUUCAUUCUUUUUCGGUUACCCCAUUGUUUUAUUACUAAUUUUGGUCAGUGUUGGCUCCCAGCUCUUUUUUUCUUAUCACUUUUUCCUUGUCUAUUUUUGGGUAGAAUGCGCUAGCCUUGUGCAGAUGCCAUCCUCACUAACCUUUGUAAAGUCAAUUUACCCUAUAUGUCUUGCUAUCCCCAGGACAGUGUAACAGCGAGGAUAAUGUGUACGCGUAUAUUAUAUAAAAUAAUCUUAAGAAUUACUUUAUCAAUGCUUUCCUAUGGGGAUUCCGGUGAGGCUGGAUGUCCUCAUGUAUAGCGUGAAGCCCUCCAGCAUCGUUUAGGUGACCACAAGUAGUCUAAGCAUCCAGAAAUCCAUCCAGUGGCUGUCUGUUAGCAACUAGAGGAGGAGUUAACCCUAGCAGGUAAUUAUUGCAGUUUAUAAAAACUGCAAUAAUUACCACUCUAGGGUUAAGGGUAAGGGUGAUGGGAGUUUGCAACCAGACCACUUUAAUGAGCUGAAGUGGUUUGGGUGCCUACAGUGUCCAUUUAAGCUCCAUAUACCAAAAAAGCGUGCUGUGCUCUUAAGUAUAGGUGCAACACCAUGCCAAAUUAGAAGUGCAUUCAAAAUCAUACACAAAAUGUGUAAAUAUAUAUGUGUAUCUAACUGUGCAAUAUAUUGUGCAAAUAUUCAAACUGUGCUAAACACAAUAGCAAAUAAAUAGUACAAAAUCGCUUAAAAAAAAUAAAACUCAAAGACUAACAUGGGCCAAAUAAACAAGGUUUAAAGGACCACUCUAGGCACCCAGACCACUUCAAUUAAUGAAGUGGUCUGGGUGCCGGGUCCAGCUAGGGUUAACCUAUUCUUUUAUAAACAUAGCAGUUUCAGAGAAACUGCUAUGUUUAUGAAUGGGUUAAGCCUUCCCCCAAAGCCUCUAGUGGCUGUCUCAUUGACAGCCGCUAGAGGCGCUUGCGUGCUUCUCACUGUGAUUUUCACAGUGAGAGCACGCCAGCGUCCAUAGGAAAGCAUUGAGAACUUGCCGCGCGUGCGCAUUCAGCCAACGGGGAGGAGAGGAGGAGGAUCGGAGGCAGAGAGGUCCCCGCCCAGCGCUGGAAAAUGGUAAGUUUUUCCCCCUUUCCCCCUUCCAGAGCCAGGCGGGAGGGGCUCCCUGAGGUUGGGGGCACCCUCAGGGCACUAUAGUGCCAGGAAAACGAGUAUGUUUUCCUGGCACUAUAGUGGUCCUUUAAGUUUAUGUGGGCCACAAAAAAAAAAAAAGUUCAACCAACACAAACUAAAAUAACUUGUAUCAUUCUCAUGCAAACUAUGUAAUACUGGGUACAGAUACAAAAUUUACUAAGAAGCUUUACUUCAAGUUACUAAAUAUGCCCCCCCCCCCCACAAUCUAAUACACAGCAUCCCGUGGCCCCUUCCAUCACUCUCUAAUAUACUGCUCCCUGCCCCCAAUUUAAUACACGGCCCCCCCUCCCAAUUUAAUACUGUAGUUCCGCUGCGCAGCAUCCUGAUAUAACUCCAUACACUGUAUGCGCAUUUCCAGCGGCUGGCGUGGAAGAACCGCCAGUGGGUCGCAGGAGUACACGAUUGGCCACAGCCCGCAGGAGGGCCACAACACAAAGCAGCCCCAGGGCAGGUGCUAUACUGGGAAAUGUCCUAUGGUGUCUUAUAAAUUUAGUUGUUUGGUUUUUGUUUUGUUUUUUUUAAUUGAUGCAAUCAGGUCUGACACUUUUCAUGCUCUCUGCUGAGGCACGUAAAGGAAAGCGCUUACUGCUUUUGUUUUGACCUCUUUCCUGAAUUUUAGUUCAUGCUUAUUUUCUGAAGGUCUGUUUUCUUUUAUUGUUUUUUAUAGAAAUUGUGCAGUUAUUCUCUCUGCUACUUCCAACCUAUAUCCUGCAUGUCAAACAUUGUGAAUGAUAUUGGGUUGGUAUCUGCCCUUACUGACACUUUUUAACAGCAAUUUACAUUGUUACGAUUUAUCAGUCAGUGUGGUUUAAUAUAAGAACAGUGACUGAGUCACACCACACAAAAACAAAAGUUUUAGACUUUAGAAAAACAGACUUUUCUAAAAUUAGAAUAUGGGUAGAGGAGUCAUUAUCAGACUGGAGCAAUUUAAAUGGAGUCCAAGAAAAAUGAGAUUAUUUAAAAGUUGCACUAUUGAAGGCAACAGAAAAUUGCAUUAGACUUGUCAGUAAAAGCAAAAAAUUCAAGAAACCACUGUGGUACUCCGCAGAUGUGGCCAAAAUAGUUAAAAACAAAAAGUUAGCAUUUAGGAAUUAUAAAAAAACCCAGAGUGAGGGAGACAAAAUGAUCUAUAAGAUUAGGCAGAAAGAGGCUAAGCAAGUUAUAAGAGCUUCCAAAUCUCACACAGAAGAGAAAAUAGCACAGUCAGUAAAAAAAGGGGGAUAAAACAUUUUUUAGAUACAUAAAUGAGAAAAGAAAAGUAAAACAAGGAUUAGUUAGAUUAAAAACAAAAGAAGAAAGGUAUGUAGAAGAGGAUAAAGGUCAGGCUGACUGCCUCAAUGAAUAUUUUUGUUCUGUAUUUACAGAAGAAAAUGAAGAAAAGGGACCUCAGUUGAGAAAAAGGAUAAAUGAGUCAUUUAUUACACAUGAGUUUACAGAGGAAGAAGUUCUAUUUCAACUGUCAAAAGUAAAGACAAAUAAGUCAAUGGGACCUGAUGGAAUACACCCAAAGCUAUUAAAAGAGCUUAGUGGUGUACUAGCAAAACCAUUAACAGAUUUAUUUAACCAAUCAUUGUUAACAGUAGUCCCAGAAGAUUGGAAAUUAGCGAAUGUUGUGCCCAUUUACAAGAAAGGUAAUAGGGAGGAGUCGGGCAACUAUAGGCCAGUAAGCCUUACUUCAGUAGUGGGGAAAGUGAUGGAAACCAUGUUAAGGAUAGGAUUGUUGAACAUCUAAAAACACAUGGAUUUCAAGAUCAGAGACAACAUGGGUUUACUUCAGGGAGAUCAUGCCAAACUAAUCUUAUUGAUUUUUUUGAUUGGGUAACUAAAAUUAUAGAUCAGGGUGGUGCAGUAGACAUUGCUUGCCUAGAUUUCAGUAAGGCUUUUGACACUGUUGCACAUAGAAGGCUUAUCAAUAAACUGCAAUCUUUAAGUUUGGAUUCCAAUAUUGUUGAAUGGGUAAGGCAGUGGCUGAGUGACAGGCAACAGAGGGUUGUAGUUAAUGGAAUAUAUUGAAGCUUGGACUUGUCAACAGUGGGGUACCUCAGGGAUCUGUACUUGGACCCAUUCUCUUUAAUAUUUUUAUUAGUGAUAUUGCAGAAGGUCUUGAUGGUAAGGUAUGUCUUUUUGCUGAUGAUGCUAAGAUAUGUAACAGGGUUGAUGUUCCAGGAGGGAUAAGCCAAAUGACAAAUGAUUUAGGUAAACUAGAAAAAUGGUCAGAAUUGUGGCAACUGACAUUUAAUGUGGAUAAGUGCAAGAUAAUGCAUCUUGGACGUAAAAACCCAAGGGCAGAGUACAGGAUAUUUGAUAGAGUUCUAACAUCAACAAAUGAAGAAAGGGAUUUAGGGGUUAUUAUUUCUGAUGACUUAAAGGUAGGCAGACAAUGUAAUAGAGCAGCAGGAAAUGCUAGCAGAAUGCUUGGUUGUAUAGGGAGAGGUAUUAGCAGUAGAAAGAGGGAAGUGCUCAUGCCAUUGUACAGAACACUGGUGAGACCUCACUUGGAGUAUUGUACACAGUAUGGAGACCGUAUCUUCAGAAGGAUAUUGAUACCUUAGAGAGGGUUCAGAGAAGGGCUACUAAACUGGUUCAUGGAUUGCGGGAUAAAACUUACCAGGAAAGGUUAAAGGAUCUUAACAUGUAUAGCUUGGAGGAAAGACGAGACAGGGGGGAUAUGAUAGAAACAUUUACAUAUAUAAAGGGAAUCAACACAGUUAAGGAGGAGACUAUAUUUAAAAGAAGAAAAACUACCACAACAAGAGGACAUAGUCUUAAAUUAGAGGGACAAAGGUUCAAAAAUAAUAUCAGGAAGUAUUACUUUACUGAGAGGGUAGAGGAUGCAUGGAAUAGCCUUCCAGCUGAAGUGGUAGAGGUUAACACAGUAAAGGAGUUUAAACAUGCAUGGGAUAGGCAUAAGGCUAUCCUAACUAUAAGAUAAGGCCAGGGACUAAUGAAAGUAUUUAGAAAAUUGGGCAGGCUAGAUGGGCCGAAUGGUUCUUAUCUGCCGUCACAUUCUAUGUUUCUAUGUUUCUAUUUAUAAAUGUUUUACUAGGAAGGAUACAUUGAGAUUUCUCUCAUUUUCAGGUAUGUCCUGGAUCUACUUUAAUACCUAAUCUUGAGGAAUAGCCUUUUGAAGACCAUACUAAUCUAAUCUAGCACCAACAAAAAGGAAAAAGGAGGAAAGCACAACUAGAAAUACGUGCAACAAGUGCUACCACAUUUAUUGAAGAACAAGUAUAACAAGUGUUUAUGGUAUAGCAUUUCAUCAAAACAUCAUGCCCGUACUAUACAGUUAAACAUUCAAUAAUGUAUAUAAUACAGUGAAGACAAAACACUCCCAAAUCCACCCCCGUUAUAUCAGGUAGGAGGGCACUCCCUUCAGCAUCUGUCCGCCAUCUUCUGUGUCUCUGCCACAUAACCCAUUGUCAAGUGAUGCGUCAUGGCGUUGGCAGCGGCUAGUUGCUAGGAAACAAAGUAAUAAACUUACUGAACCUACAGCUGCAUGUAGGGAAGCCUGUUAUGGCCAAAUAUAGAGAAAGCUCAAUAAAGAAAAUCAUAAAGGCAAGAAAAAAAACAACGUAAUAUGUAAAGAACAAAAUCGAGGCAUCAAAAAUAAAUAAAUGUAACUAAUAACAGCAUAUAUAAUCAAGAGAAGGCACCAUAGCAGCCUGGAUUCUGUUUUCUUACCCGAUUACCAUAUAUAUAUAUAGAGAUAUAUAAAUAUAUAUAUCUUAUAUAUUCCCGGUAUUGUCUUUUACAUUAAAGAUCUGUAAUUCAUUCCUUAGGGAAUAUUAUUGAACCUUGUGAAUAGUAUGUCUUACUGGAAUAUGGUUCAUUUUUCCAACAACCCAUUUAGCAACCUGAUUGGCUAACUCACAAUUGCUGAUAAUUGCAUGUGUAUAUGCCUUUUAAUUCUGGUGUGGGAGGUGAAUAGUUCAAUUUUGUUUGGGUGUGUCCAUCAUUUUUGACAAUUUUUUGCAUUUCUUGACAUUACUCUAUUAUUAUUACACCUUGUCUAUAGACUUUAUUUUCUCUUUAUUUUGUCAUUUUUCACUUUAUUGGUACUGUGGGAAAUGUACUUCCCCAGCACUAGGCUGCUAUGCUGCCUUCUCUUGAUUAUAAAUGCUCUUCUUCACAUUUUAUUUAUUUUUGGUGGUGCAUUUUCAUUUUUUACAUGAUACAGAGGUUUUUUUUUUGGGGGGGGUGGGGGGGAGGGAAUGGCCAUUAUGAUUUUCUGUAUUGAGCUUUCUCUAUAUUUGGCCAUAACAGGCUUCUUUACAUGCAGCUCUAGGUUCAGUGAAUCAUUAAACAUUUGUUACUUUGUUUCCUAGCAAAUUGCGUCACAAAGUGUAACGCCGCCAACGUCACUUGGCAGAGAUGCGGUAGAUGGCGGCCAGAUGCUGAAGGUUGUCCCCUCCUACUUCAUCUGCUGGAGGGAUGGGUUUGGUAGUGUUUUGUUUUCACUGUAUUCUAUAUAUUGGUGAGUGUUUAACUGUAUCUAUAGCAAGGGCAAGAUGCAUUGAUAAAGGGCUAUGCCCGAAACAUUUGUGGGUUUAUAUACUUUUUUUUCAAUAAAUGUGUUGCACAUACUUCUGGUUGGGCUUCCCUCCCUUUUCCUUUGUUUUGAUUACUAUUAUUCACUGUAGGAGCCACAGUGGGGGUAGCAGUACCAUUAUUUUGUGGAUUAACCAGUUUUGCCUUUUUGGGGAACCAUGCUAACCUAGGCCUUUAUCUAUUGUAUGUAAUCCAGGACCAAGGCAUAUAUAUAUAUAUGUGUGUGUACAAGACAGCAGUGUAUAUUGCAAGCUGUAUUUCAUGUUUAGCUUCAAAUGUUAUGGACCAUGAUCACUAGAUACAGAUUCAUGUUUAUUUUGUGCCAGCUGCUUGGCAACCUGCAUGCAUGUAGGUGUAUAUAUUUAUACACUUGCACAGUUUAUUUGAGCAAUCCUUAACUUAAGGGAGAACUAUAGGGUCAGGACCACAAACAUUUAUUCCUGACCCUAUAAUGUUAAAACCACUAUCUAGCCCCCUUUGCCUUCCUAAAUAUAGUAAAAUCUUACUUGUCUUCAAGUCUGAAGCUGCUGCCUCUGACUGUGAACUUCCUGUGACCUCUGGCAUCAUCAGAAGUGGUGUCCUGAUCCAAUCACAAUGCUUCCCCAUAGGAUUAGCUGAGACUGACAAGGAGGCAGAUCAGGGGCAAAACCAGCACAAUUCAAACACAGCCCUGGCCAAUCAGCAUCUCCUCAUAGAGAAGAAUUGAAUCAAUGAAUCUCUAUGAGGAAAGUUCAUUGUCUCCAUGCCAUGGUUGUCAGGCAGGUCCCGCAAAUUGCAAUUAAUAAAAUGACCUAAUUAUGUAAAAAAUAUUACAUAAUAUAUACGUAUACAAUAUCUUGAUGGAGAGCAUUUAACCCCUUAAGGACGGGUGACAGCGAGGUCCGUCACAGAGGGGAGACCCUUAGUGACGAGUGACGGACCUCGUCCGUCACGCGGUAAAAUUAACCCCGGAUCGCCGCGAUCGUGGGGUUAAUGGUGCUCCGGUAUGCCUCUGCAUUAGAGGCAUGCCGGGAGCACCCGGUCAGGCUGCCCAGCAUAUGUGCUAGCUCUGACCGCAAGUCAGAGCGAGCACAUGUGCUCUGUAUACUUACCUUCCGGCUCCCUGCACUUCCUGGUUCUGUGUGAAGUGCAGGGAGCCGGAACAGUGCUCAUCCUGCCCCCUUCUGUAAAAAAAUAAAGUUAAUUUAAAGUCCCACCACCCCCCCUUUACCCAUUGUAAUAAAAAAUUAACCCCUUCCCUGCCAAUUGAUCACUGACUACAGUGAUCAAUUGGCAGGGAUUACAUUUUACUAUGAUCUGAUUUUUUUUUUUUUUUUAACCCCUGAGGGUUAAAUUUAUUUAAUUAAUUAAAAUAUUUUAAAAUUAUAUAUUUAGCUAGCUGGGGUGGGUGGAAGUUAGUGGGGAAUUGGGGGAUUUGGCGUUAGGCUAACUAGGGGUUAACGUUAAAAAAAGUUUUAAAAUAAACUUUAAAAAGUUAAAAAUUAAGCUUAAAAAAGUUUUAAUAACGUUUAAGUAAAAAAUAAAAAAACCCCCCUUUACCUAGUCCAAAUAAAAAUUAACCCCUUCCCUGCCAGUCGAUCACUGCCUACAGCGAUCAAAUACAGAUCACAGUAUUAUACUGUGAUCUAAUUUUUUUUAACCCCUGAGGAUUAACUUUUAUUUAUUUUUUAACCCUCAGGGGUUCAAUUUAUUUAAUUAAUUAAUUUAAAUAUUUUAUAACUAUAUAUUUUGCUAGCUGGGGUGGGUGGGAGUUAUGGGAAAAUGGGGAAUUUACUGUUAGUGCUGCUUACUGCUAGUUAGGGGUUAACGGUAAAAAAAAAAAAAAAAAGGUUUAGAAAAAUGUUAAAUCUGUAAAAAAGUUUUAAGAAAGUUUAGGAAAGUUUAAAAAAAUUAAUAAGCAAAACAAAAGUUUAAAAUACUGAAAAGUACAGGUAUCCUGUAUGGCACUGUAAGUUCACGAAAUAGUGCCAAAGACAUACAAUGGGGGUGUAAUUUUACUCAGCAGAUGUAACUGAACACAAAAUAAAACUUUGUACAGGAAUAGCACACACCAAUUUUACAAAACGCCCAGCAAAAAUGCAAUCCGUAUGUAAAAAAUGCACAAAAUUAUUUUUUAUCACAUACUUUGGCAUAUAUUGGUGAAAAAAUGGGAGCAUGUUAAGGCACAAUAUGCACCUUAUGAGAUACCCUGGAGUGUCUACUUUUACAAAUGGUAGGCCUUUGUGGGGGUUUUUUGAACAGUCAAACUGUUAUAAUACCCCAAAUGGAAGCUAAGGCUCAUUAAAUCCAUCUCUCAAAAUUCUACUGUGAAUACUGAAAAGGACAGGUAUCCUGUAUGGCACUGUAACUUCACGAAAUAGUGCAAAAGACAUACAAUGGGGGUGUCAUUUUACUCAGCAGAUGUAACUGAACACAAAAUAAAACUUUGUACAGGAAUAGCACACACCAACUUUACAAAAUAUACAUGAGAAUUUCUUUGUUAUAAGUUUGUGUGCCAAAAACCAAAAAAAACACAAUUUUACUCCAAUAUUUAGCAGAGGUUGGCGGUGAAAUGGCUACGUAGAAAGUGUCAAAACAACCUUAGGUAAAUAGCCCGUGAUGUCUACUUUAUAUAAAUAUAUACUUUUGUGUGGCAAUUUUGUUUUCUUUUAUGGCUAUUAAGCUUACAAGACAAACAUACCAAAUUCUAAAAUCGCUCCACAUUAAAAGUCUAUUUUACUCCUUGUGCUUUGUGACCUGUAACUACCAAAAAAAACUUAAAAUCCCAGACACAUUAUAUAUUCUGUAAAUCAGAACAACUAAAUUAAUUUAUUUUUAAUUACUUUUCUUAACCUGCACUAAUUAUGCACACAUUAUUAUUGCAAAAACUGUACAAAAAAACCACAAAAUUUCCAUUUUCUUUACAUUUUUCUGUAUUUUUUUAUAAUAAAUAAGCAUUUAUAUAUAUGUGUGUUACAUCAAAUUUAAAACCCUUUCUGUCCUUUAAAAAACAAUGUAUAAUAUGUGUUGGUGCAACAAAUUAGUAAAAUGCAAAUUGCAGUUGAACGCAAACAGCAAAAAAUGAAAAAAAAUGCUGUUGUCAUUAAGUGAAAGACAAGCUUUUGAAGCUCUGUUCUUAAGGGGUUAAAUGACUCAAAAUGUAUUUCAAAUAAUGCUUUUUAUUUAAGCAUCAAAUCUUUGGAUACAGAGUGUUACUGCCGUCUGCCGGCAUUUAGAGCCAGGUCCGCCGUCCUUAAGGGGUUAAAGAGACACUAUAGUCACAAGAACAACUUUAGGUUACUAAAGCAGUUCUGUAUGGAUCAUGCCUUUGAAGUCCUAAUCUCCAUUCUCUGCAAAUUAGAUGUUAAAUCACUUUUGUUUAUGUUUAUGCUGCUCUAGCCUAACCUUUCCUGGCUAUGACCCCUCCUGUCACUUACCUGGGUCCAGCGCCGAUGUCCCUCGGCGCUGUCUCAACUCCGUCCACACUUCUCCUUCGCCGAUGUCAGCCAGCGGGCGAGACCUAAUGCCAUGCGUGGCAAUGGCCUCGCUCACAUUAGGAUUUCCCCAUAGGAAAGCAUCAUUCAAUGGAAUGUCCCGCAACGCUAGAAGUCCUUAUGCAUAGCGUGAGGAUCUCCAGCGUCGUUUAGACGACCAAAAGUAGUCUGAGCAUCCGGAAAUCCUGUAGUGGCUUUCUGGUAGACAGCUUCUAGAUGAGGAAUUAACCCUAACAGGUAAUUAUUGCAGUUUAUGAAAACUGCAAUAAUUACCACUUUAGGGUUAAGGGUGAUGGGUUUAAUGAGCUGAAGUGGUCUGGGUGCCUACAGUGUCCAUUUAAUCACACACAGGAGGCUCCUGAAAGGUCUAGCAAACUAUUAAGGGAACACUGUACCCUUAUGUGUUAAAACACUAUCUAGUUCCCUGCCACCCCCCUUGCCCUCCUAAAUAUACUAAAGGCUUACCUUUUAUUCCAGUCUGAUAGUGCUGGCUCUGCCUCCUUGGCUGACAUCAGAAGUGAUGAUCUCAGCCAAUCACAAAGCAAGAAAGCAUUGUGCCAAACGCCACCCUGGCCAAUCAGCAUCUCAUCUUAGAGAUGCAUUGAAUUAAUUAAUUUAGUUCAGUGUCUCCAUGCAGAGGGUGGAGACACUGAAUGUCAGUGCUGCACGCCCCAGGAAGCACUUCUAGUAGCCAUCUGAGGAGUGGCCAGUGGAGGUAUCACAAGGCUGUGAUGUAAACACUGCCAUUUCUCUGAAAUCUGUGUUUACUGCAGGGAGAGACUAUACUCACCAGAACAACUACAUUAAGCUAUAGUUGUUCUAGGAACAAAGCAAGAGGUAAUUCUAAAUUAAACAGAAUUUGCAAUAAAGGAAGUGUAAACCUUUGCUCACCCUUUACAGGAAGUGUUUAGGAAGGCUGUGCAAGUCACAUACACGGAGGUGUGACUAGGGCUGCAAAAGCAAAGUGAUUUAACUCUUAAAUGGCAGAAAAUUGAGCAGUGAGACUGCAGGGGCAUGACCUAUACACCAAAACGGCUUCUUUAAGCUAAAGUUGUUUGGAGACUAUAGAGUCCCUUUAUGUAAGCUGUCAACUAUUGUAUGUUGAAAAAGUGUUUGUUUUUUUGUUGUUUAUGUGAUUUUCCAAGCAGACAUUAUAGAACUGAUGACUUGUUUUUAUUAUUUUUUUUUUUUUUUAACAGAGGUCUAAGCAUAUGCUAGUAUUUAUUUCAUGUGCUCACUUUGUAUUCGUUUUCUUUUCUUUUUUCUAAACAUUACACAAAUCCUUACUUCUUUAUACAAGUUUAUACAAGAUAUAGUUUUGCGUAUAUCAAUGAAAAGGAUUUUUAUGUGCUAUGUUUGGUAUUGUUGUAGAAAAGUCAAGGCUGGCAUAUUAAAUUAUUUCUAUGCAUUUGUUUUUUGUUCAAGAUUUAUUCAAAGUCUUCUUUCCCAUGAAGAAGUUGCACCGAAAGAUUUGUCUGAGCUUGUAGUGUGUCUAGAUAUAUGUAAGUAUUUUGUAAUUGUUUUUACUUCUUUUUUUUACUUUCCCCCCCACUCUUACGCUUUACAUUUUUAUACAUAGCUCAACUAAUAAUGGGGCAUAUUUGUCUUCAGAUAACAUAUGCUAAAUAUUUUCCUUCUGUCAGUUACUUGUGACCUGCAGUUCAAGAUGGAUACAGAUCGAUUUGGGGGGCGCCCCUUUUUAAAUUACACGUUUCCCUCUUUGUGGUCUGGGUCUAGAGCCACUCAUGGAGUGACAAAUGGGAAGGUUUACUUUGAAAUAAAGGUAAGUCUUUUACACACAGUUCUUACUUUAUAAUUCUAUUAUAAAUUUUUUCCAGAAGGUCAAAAUAAAGGUUGUGUAGUGGUCAUGGUGUCAGGAGUGCCAUGGCCCCCUUCUAGAGUAAUCUAGCAAACCAUUUUAGGAUGGUUUGACAACUUACCUGUGUACCCCAGCUGCCCAUGCCAUAUCCGGUCUUCUCCUGCAGCAGCAUUCAGAUGUCUUCAGUGAGCUUUGCAGGUUUGAUACAGGACUGAGCCCAUUGGCUGAGAGUGCUCAGCUUUUUCAGCCAAUUCACCCCUGCUUUGCUCAGUUCCUUAAAAAUUAUUCAAAUUCUUGUAGUGGUUAUGGUUUUCGGAGCAACAACUACAAUUUAUUUUUAUUUUCCUCUGAGUUACAUAUUUUGUGUAACACCUUUUGUCAAAUCUGUGUUUGACAGCAAGGUAUAUAAUUUUAUUUUUCAUCAUUAAAGAAAAGAUCAUAAUCCCCAGAGCUCAUCAACAUUUUUUUGUUGUUUUUUAUUUUUUUUACAAAAUAGCAUGGUGGGGAGCAGAGCCAGCAGGCGAAUGGAGUAGACGUGCUACAAGGGAGGUUCGUGACCAUAAACCUGUAAAAGCAUUAUAGAUCACUUAACCUUCUCUGCUUUUGUGGUAUAAUGAGCACCAACUCUAUGGGAAAGAAGUCCAGACAGCAAGACCCAUUAAACCAGCAGGUGCCCAAGAUAUUGGAGCCCUUCUCCUGCGGCCUACCAAGGCCUCUGGCACCUUCUCGACAAAAGAAAAUGCUGCCUCGCUUUUAGCCUCCUGAGGGACAGGCCAUGGAUGUGCUGGGGGACUACAUCACUCCUCCUCCGAUGAGGACAAUGAGCUGCCAUUUACUAAAAGUGACAUCAAGGUGCUUCUCCGCAACAGUCGCCGGCUAUUUGCUGUGGACAUGGCCAUAGUGCGGGAAGAAAUACACACUCUGGAGAAAGUCACACAGGGCCUAACUUCAAGAUGCCUUACAAUAGAAUUCCUGAUGGCUAAGCUCCAAAGGACCCAAACACUAUUCAUUACUCUCUUGGAUGCCAUUAAAGACAGGCACAGGAGCCAAAAUGUCACAAUUAGGAGCAUCCCUGAGACUGUUAUUCCUGAGGAGCUACCGCAUUACACCAGGAGGCUGUGGAGCACUUUACUCCCCUCCAGGCAGUCCAAACAAGCCGUGGUGGACAGGAUAUUCCGCAUCCAAAAACCAAAAGAAGGUGUAGCGCAAUGUAUGAUGUAAAAUAAAUUUGUAAAGUAUACUUGACCUAGUAUAUUACAAUAGUGUUCUUUGAAAUUGGCAGAAGUGCCUAGAAAAGGGAUACAAAACUCCAAUAGUGUAAAAUAGUUUGUGUCAGGUUGAGGGUAAGAGUUUUAUCAAAACCACUCACAUUUUCCUGAGCUAUAAACUUACCGUAGCUCAGGGAGGAUAUUCCACAUACCAAAAGAAACCAAGGCCAUAGCGGAAUCAUCAAGGGACGUUAACCUUCAGUUUCAGGCAAGGUCAGCACAAAUCUAUGCUAUGAAUUAGUUAGUUUAGAUCACUGACUACUACACUUUGUAACCACUCCAUUCCAUAUCAUUGGGUCUUCCCCUGGAGCCUGGUCAAAUCGCAUGGUGGGAAAAAUAUAAGAAUUACCGAUGCCUCAGAAUCGGAAUCUGUGCUCUUGGCAUUGGGGCUGCCGCUACAUUAGAAACCGGAGGCCCCUAUUCCCAUUUAGGGCGUUUCAAAUACCUUAGUUGUAUCUAAAAUUGUUCCAUUCCAGCCAUCCGGGUCUCCCAAUGCAGGCUCAGGCGCCUCUUCAGCGAAGUCGGCUUCCUCUAGCCCACUGUGGGCAGAUGAACGCACACUAGACACCUAACGAUCUGCAGGGAACUACCAAGACAAUUGGCUGGCAGGAUUGUUCUCUUCUCUUUUACCUUCCAUCUCCGAGAACCACGUUCAGUUUUAUUAUUUUUUUAUUUUAUUUAUUAUUUUUGCAGUGCAUGGGUGAACAAAGAUGCUUGUGCUGCCACAUCAGCAGAUGCAAGCGCAGAAUAGUGUACAGUGUAGACAUUUUGUGGCAUUUAAUAUCGGCGCAUUUUUUGUUAGUAAAGUCAUUCUAGGUAAAUAUUUAGGAUGCUGGCUUAGUAAAUACGAUAGGUACAUUAGCUUUGGUAGUGAAUAACUAGUGAGAGACAGUAUGAUAAAAACAGCUAGGUGUAUCUCUGUGAACAGAACAAGUAUGGUGUACUAUAUGUGCUAUAUGUGCAAGUCGUGAUAUGUGGCAGACAUACAUGGUAAAUGAUGAAAUAAGUACGUAUAUAGCCUGACAUCUGUAUAAGGCAAUUGACAUGACAAUUGACUGGCUAAAGACACAACAGAGCACAGUCUUUAGGCUGGCACUAGUUACGCCCGCUAAACAAGUUAAGUUACGUGGUUGGUAUAGUUAGAUGCAAUAGCGUAAAAUAAAAUAAACGUGCUAUGCUAAUUAUAGGCUAAUUCAAGGGUGAGGUUAGUUACUGUAGUUUGGGGUCCUCCUGAGUGUCGUGCUGCCUGUUAAAUUCCAUAUUCUCGCUUGUGUGGCAUGGCAAGACCCAAGGGAGUACAUGGUCGGGUUGCAAUGAGUUCAGGAGACCGUGGGUAGUCUCGCUUUCAUCCGAUGCUUUCUUUCAUGUAACGGCAGAAGCCUGUCUGUGGAUUUCGAUGGUCCGCUGCUGUGCAAGUGUGAGUAAGAGUGUCCCCUCCAGCCCCAUGCUGGUGUGCAGGCCUGCAUCUCAUGGCCACUAACUCGACAUCCUUUGGGGCCCGAGUGCUCUCCCUGCGUGGGAGUGACAGAUAAUCUGGUCAACUGUCGCUUGUGGUGCUUAUGCCUCCAUGCAUGUGGGCGAUGCUUUCGGGGUUAUAGCCCUGUGGUCUGCAGCCCGGGUGGGCCAGGAAAAGUGUGGGUGGACGGAUGUGGUAGUUUUGCACCCAAGGGUUUUCCCCUCACCUCCCACCGCCUGUGUUUCCGCUCAUCUGCCGUCUGUGUUUCAGGCAUGUCGGUUCGGGCUGCUAGUUGCCGCUCUUAGUGUGUCCCAGAAAUGGUUAAAAAUCGCCUUCAGACGCUGCGAGAGAUCAGACUGUUGCUGGUGUGUUGGCAGCAUGCUCUGCUUGUACAGUAUGCUGUCAGCCACCAUCUUGGAUGCGCCAUGUGAAGGGCUGUACCUCCGCGGCUUAGGUUCAGGCUUGUGGUGAGCUCUUGGCUGGUUGCCCCAGAUGUCUAGUGAGGACCGGUAUAACCCCUGUCGGUCCAUGGGGGGGAGCUGGUGCUCGGUGUGUCUUCCCAGCCCGGCAGUUAGGCUCCGCCCACCCCCUCUCAGUUUUAUUAGUUUUGUGUUGAGCAACCUGAAGUUUAAAUGUCUGUUAGCUACAGGUAUUUCUAGUUACUACUUUGGUACUUGGGGAGAGUUCAGGCUUGCAUGCAUUCUACCUCUACGCCAGCUCCAGGUCACAUUAAAACUAUAGCUGAUAUAUUAUCAUAUAGUUUUCUAUCUAAUGUAAGCAGAUUUGUGUUAUUCACAAUGAAUAAAGGCUAGAGAAUGCCAUAAAGGUGGAAAGUGAUGGAGUAACAGUCAUCCUUAUUAUAUUUAUUGAAAUGUGUUUUUGCAUAUGUUCAAGUAUAUAUGUUAUACCUUAUAUUAGCUCAGAAGGGGCUCUUUCCAGCUGUUAUAUGUGCACUUUGCAUGCUUUUGCAAAUUUGUUGAUGACUAAGAUGUUUUUAUGCUGCUUGAAUUCUAUGCCCAAGAAAAUAAUUAAAAGAUAAAAUAAAACAAAAAAUUACAAGGUUGCACUCUUUCAACUGUCAGACAACUUGAAGGGUGGUUUCCAUCUUCUGUAGGUGAAAUAGCUCAGUGGGCUAAUGCAACAGCAGAAUCUGUUCUAACCCUUGGGGGUCGCAGGUUCAAAUCCCGGCAGGGUUUACUCAGCCCUUCAUCCUUCCGAGGUAGAUAAAAUGAGUACCAUUAAAUUGGGUGAUCGUAACAACCCCUGGAUGUUGGGCUAAGGUAACAUCCCCAGGACGUACUUGGAAACCAGAGCAAUCUGAAUGUACCUUUCCUGGUUAAACACUUUGUUAUUAUUAUUAUGUAGGAAAUACUAUUAUUCACAUCUGCAAAUAAAAAAUGUAAAAAACAAAUCCACAUACCCUACAUGUUUGUGGUUUGAAAUGACCGCUCUGUAAAUAUUAUGCUAAAGGGUUUGUCUAUUAAUGAAGAUAUGUGGUGAGUGACUAAAAAUUGACUUGCGUAAAGACUGAUAGAAUCUGUAUGUUUGUUGUAUAUGGAUUUAAUACGCUUGCUAAUUCUGAUCUUUCCUGUCAUCCUACUGGCUCAACAAAACUUCUCAUUUUUUCCACAUUAGAGAACUGUGAAUCUUCCCCUGAGAGAUGGUUUUUCCGAAUUCCCAUUGCUACGUGUUGGAUGGUCUGUUGGCCAGUCUGGACCUCAGUUAGGUAAUUUCGAGGUCACCUGUGUUGUUGUUGCACAAGAUUUCAAAUUUGCUGUAUAUCUCAAAUUGGGUUUUGGGAAGUAGAAAGUAGCCACUGGUCCUUUUGAGUCAUAACAUGUGGCUUGGGUUAAAAAAAAAAAAAAAAAAAGGGUAUCUGCUGAAAUGGAAAAAGAAAAGGGAGGGAGGUCGCUUGAACAGAGACUUCUCCAAAUGAACAGAGCCUAACCCUAAAUAUCUUCAAAGGGGUAUGUAGUGUGAUCCCCCUUAAAGGGAUUCUCCACUGCCAAAAUACAAAUAAAUAAAAAUUACCGUUUAGUAGAUAUACCCUAAAUGAUAGCAUGCAUGCUUCUAAUUAAGCAUUUUUCAUUGGGUUAUAUCUAAAAACCUAUAGGCAAAACCUGAAUUUUUCUUGUCUGUUGCCUUUUCUCCCUUCUAACCCAACCCAGACUUUCUGUGACAGUCUAAUCACAGACUUCCCUAAGUGUCUUAAUGAUAAGCCUUUGGAAGGCAGGUGCUCUGGGUAAUUGCUGCCUCUUGGGUUUAGCUCCAUUGAGCUAACCAAACCAGGAAGUACCAGGACCUGUUGUCUGCUUGUAAGCGAGAGUGGUCUUACCAGGUUAGUUUAUAAAAGUUUCAAUUUCUAUUGAAAUCUGCACUUUUGCAAAACGAAAAGCGGACACACUCUUCACACUUAAAGCAUUUAAGCAAGCCAAAUUGCGUUAGAGGUCUGAAGUGUCUCUUUAAAGAGGAUCUGACUGAAGAAUCCCUGAUUCUAUAAGUCCAAAUGCUUAAUUUUUUUUUAUUUUAAAGUGCUUGUCCUUCCUUGUUAGUCAUUAAAUAAAGUGCUAAAUUACUCAGUAAUUAGCAAUACUGACCAAGAUAGUUGAGUAUUUUGCUAAUUGCAAAAGUGAAAAAGAAAAGCAAAAAGAAACCACCACACAAAAAAUUGUUUGCUUGUAUUGGUAAUAUCCAUUAUGUAAAAUCUUUUGUGUGAGGGAUAUCUCAACUAAACUAUCCAUAUAACAGGGAUUAGCAUGUAUUCAUUAAACCUUAACCCCUUAGUGACCAGACCGUUUUUCAAUUUUACUAUUAAAGACCAGGGCUCUUUUUACAUUUCUGCGGUGUUUGUGUCUAGCUGUAAUUUUCCUCUUACUCAUUUACUGUACGCACACAUAUUAUAUACUGUUUUUCUCACCAUUAAAUGGUCUUUCUACAGAUACCAUUAUUUUCAUAUCAUAUAAUUUACCAUAAAAAAAUUAUGAAAUAUGAUGAAAAAAUGUAAAAACACACUUUUUAGAACUUUGACCCCCAAAAUCUGAUGUGCAUCUACCACCGCGAAAAAACACCCAUGCUAAAUAGUUUCUAAAUUUUGUCCUGAGUUUAGAAAUGCCCAAUGUUAACAUGUUCUUAGCUUUUUUUGGGGGGGGGGGAGUUAUGGGGCUAUAAGUACAAGUAGCACUUUGCUAUUUCCAAACCAUUUUUUUUUUCCCCAAGCUUAACGCACGUUAGAUGGUAACACUGAUAUCUGUCAGGAAUCCCUAAAUAACCCUUCACAUGUAUAUAUUUUUAAAAAGAAGACAACCUAAAGGUAUUAAACUUGUGGUAUUUUGACUCUUUUCAUGCCACCAUUUUACCACCAAUCUAUGCCAAUUAAAACAAAAUUUAAAAAAAGAAUUGGUGAUAUUUUUGACACGCAUAGCAAUUUAAGAAUACAUGUACGGAGAACCUUAAGGGUUACUGCCAAAGCACACCCCAAUAUGUGUUCACCAACAUCUCUUGAGUACAGUGAUAUCUCCCCCAUGUAUAGGUAUGUCGGGUUCUCUGGGGGCUAAAUUGUCUUUUUAGUUUUUUAUGUAUUUUUAAUUAUUUUUAUUUUUUUUAAAUAAAAUAUAAUUUUUAAUAAUUUUUUAUAAUAAAUAUGUAUAAAUAUAUACUGUGUAUAUAUUUUUUAGCAUUUAUUAACGUUUAAUUUUUUUUCAUUUAUUUAUUUAUUUUUUUACAUUUUCACCAGCAGGGGGACUGCUUGUCAGUUCAGGCAGUCCCCAUGCUGGCAGCACUAUGGACAUAUAUGGUGGUCAUGUGGGGGUCCUUUUUUGCAGAGGACAGACAAUCCCCCCCCCCUAAGAAGAAUGCCGAUCGCUGGCGGGGGAAUGGUGGCGAUCGGUAAGUACAUGGAGAGGGGAGAGGGAGGGUAGGGGUUACAUUUUUUUAAAUUAACAUUUAAAAAAAAAAAAAAAUUCUAUUUACGGAGUGCCUCGACCCCUCACUGCUGGGUUCCACGUGGAGCGACCCCGAAGUGAUCGCUCCGGGGAGAGCGUUCACCCGGUGUUCUCCAGGGGCCACUGGCAGUGAGGGGGGUACCAUUAGAGCUGCAAUACCUUUAGAGCUGCUGGAAGCGCUCCGAUUACCCUCGGACGUACCUGAUACAUCCUUGGUCCUUAAGAGGUUAAAGGAACAUAGUUACAUAGCUGAAAAAGACUUGCGUCCAUCAAGUUCAGCUUUUCUUACAAAUGUUUUUGUUGUUAAGCCAAAAAAGGCAAAAACCCAGUCUGAAGUGCUUCCAAUUUUGCAUCAGACUAGGAAAUAAAUUCCUUCUUGACCCCAAUAUGGCAGUCUGAUAUCUCCUUGGAUCAAGAAGUUAUUACACCACUAAUUAGAAAUGGUAUCCCUGUGUAUUAUGUUUUUUGUACUUUUGUUGAACAUUUUCUAGUGCCAUAAUAUCCUUAUUUAGAGCAGGUACCCAAAAUUAUACAGCAUAUUCAAAGUGUGGUCUUAUCAGCAAUUUAUAAAGUGGCAAAAAUAUAUUUUCAUCAUGAGAAUUUAUGCCCCUAUUUAUAAGACAAUGCCUUACUGGCCUUAACAACUGGCGAUUGACAUUGCAUGUUGCUGCCUAAUCUAGUGUCUAUAACAAUUCCCAAAUCCUUCUCAUGUGUAGUUAUCCCUAAUUCACUACCAUUUAGGGUGUAAAACGUGCAUUCCUGACCCAAUAGUGUAAAAAACAUUAUUUAUUUCCCAGUCUCCCCUUAGCCCACUUAAAAUGGUAAUAAACUUACCUUCAUUGCAGCAGGGCACGGUGCUGGCUCCACCCCUGAUCCACCUCCUUGACUGAGAUCAUAAGAACGGACUAUCUCAGCCAAACCAAUGGUUUGGAAAGUAUUGGGAGGCUAAUGCGCACGUGAGGUAAACCACCCCGCUGUCCAUUCAGCAUCUCCUCAUUGACUCAAUGCAUCUCUAUGGGAAAAGGUCAGCGCUUACGCAGAGCAUGGAGAUGUUGAAUGGUACUGACCCAAGAAGCACCUCUAGUAGCCAUCUGAGUGACAGCCACUGGAGGUGUCCCUUGUUCAGUAGUGUAAAGUGUUUGUAUGAAAAUGCCUGCAGGGAUGGAUUAUAGUCAUCAGAACUUGUGACUAUAGUUCCCUUUAAAGAGUAUGUAUUCCAUAUUGAAAUGGAUAUAACUGUCAGUCACAAUAUUAUCAAUUGUAUGUGCCCUCAUAAGGAUUAUGUAGCCAAUUCUGAUUAAUGUUUGUAACUGAAGAUUCCACCUUGUAGGGGCCGAGGUGCACAAAGAAUAUGGUGCAAUUAAAGGAUCACUAUAGUGCCAGGAAAACAUACUCGUUUUCCUGGCACUAUAGUGCCCUGAGGGUGCCCCCACCCUCAGGGUCCCCCUCCUGCCGUGCUCUAGGGGGUGGAAGGGGUUAAACUUACCUUUCUCCAGCGUCGGGCGGGGAGCUCUCCGCCUCCGAUCCUCCUCCUCUCCUCCCUUUCGGCUGAAUGCGCACGCGCGGCAAGAGCUGCGCGCGCAUUCAGCCAGUCCAUAGGAAAGCAUUAUCAAUGCUUUCCUAUGGACGCUGGCGUCUUCUCACUGUGAAAAUCACAGUGAGAAGCGCAGAAGCCCUCUAGCGGCUGUCAAUGAGACAGCCACUAGAGGCUGGAUUAACCCUAUUAUAAACAUAGCAGUUUCUCUGAAACUAUGUUUACAGAAAAAAGUGUUAAUCCUAGCUGGACCUGGCACCCAGACCACUUCAUUAAGCUGAAGUGAUCUGGGUGCUUAUAGUGGUCCUUUAAGGCAAUUCAAAAGUAUAGAGCACCCAAAGUCAGCUUAGCCUAAUAUAAUACAUUUUGGAAUGUUUCAAUAUGUAUUCAAUAAGGCUAAGUGUUAUUUUUUUUUCUUCCCCCAAGUGGAUUCUGUGUUUAUUCACUCUGGUUGUUGAGGAAGGAUCCUUAUAAGGACACAUAAUUAAUACGAUUGUGACUGAAUAAUCCCUAGUAUGUGGAUAAUUUAGUUGGGAUACCCCUUACACAAAUGCUUAAAGUAUAUUCCCAAUGCAAGCAUACGUUUGGUGUGAGAAGCUUUCUUUUUGCUUUUCUUUUUCACUUUUACAUUUAUCAAAAUAUUAAACAAACUAGUCUGUAUUGUUAAUUACGGAGGCUAAAGUCUGAGUAAAAAGGACGCACAGGCCUACUUUAACUAAAAUUAAGGAUAUUGGACUUGUAUAAUUUGGGAUUCUCCGGUCAAUUCCUCUUUAAGAGGGAUCAUACUACACACCGAAUCUACGUAAAUACAUGUUUAGGUCUGAAACCCUAUGGCAAUCUCUGCUCAUUUGUAGGUUCAAAUAACAAAGGAAGGAAAAAGUGUAUCUAGGCGCUUUUUACAGCAAAUAUUUUUGUUGAUGGUAAAAAGUGAUCCCCCUAGCAUUAGAGAAUACAAUGAAAACAAGACUAAGUACCAAUACAAACAAUAAGAACCAAGUGUAACACACAAAGACAAUAAAAUUACUUAUGUAGAUAAAUUGCAGGGAUCUUAGAAUCAUAGACCUUCAAGAGAAAAUAUAAGCAACAUAGCGUAAAACAGUUUGGUACAUACAAUGGUGUGUGUUCAAGUGGAACCACACUCUUAUGAUGCAGAGCCGUAUGCACAGCCCAAGGGUGCCUAUCCAGGCUAAACAAAAUUCAGGAGAUGAACUUUGGAGUAAAACAAAUAGUAGAUGAUUAAGGAGAAAUGCCAAUACUUCACUUUAAGCAGUGUAGCGGAUAUUAAAAAGCAAGUUCACUUAAUAAUAAAAAAAGCUGGCAAUAUCAAACCUUAACAAACAUCUCUCUUAGCAGACUUGUUUUGACCUUAUUAGGUCAUCUUCCAAGUGCUUAGAGUCCUUACUCUGGAUCUGUGGCUUUUAUAGUUGGUUAAUUAGUUAAUCAGCUUCUCCUUUGUUUUCUUCCGGGUAUCCACUUCCGAAUCCGGACUUCGUCGAUCAUCUGAUGUUCUACUUCCGGUUUCAUAUUGAUGUCACUUCCGUCCCCGUCAUAUGACGAGGCAUCAGUGUUGCCGGUCUGCCCUCACUGUGUAUACAGAGUCCAUAUAUUUUAUGGGCAAAUACAAUAAUUUAAGUCCUUACCCUCACCUUAAUCAUAACAUUAAUAAUAGCGAUAUGUAAUCUAAAAGACCUAAAUAUAUAUUCUCUCAAUGUGUUUAACACCUUAAGGACCAAACUUCUGGAAUAAAAGGGAAUCAUGACAUGUCACACAAGUCAUGUGUCCUUAAGGGGUUAAAAACCAAGAAGAAACUCUAAAAUGCAAACACAAUCAUAAAAUAUGGGUAAAGAGUAGUGCUAAAAUCAUAAAAAAAAAAAAAAUACAGGUUACACAUUUUGUUAAACAUAAAAUCUAAAAUAUUGUAAUUCUUAUUUCAUAUAUCACAAACACACACACACAAAAAAAAACUUUAGUAUUCUACUUCCUUCGGGGGAUCUGGUGUUAUACGGCAAGAGUGGGGACACCUUAUAUAAAAUAUAUAGAUCUUCUUUUUUGUUUAUUAAUAAUACAUAAUCUAAAAAUAAAUAACUAUAUAUAUAUAUAUAUAAUAUACACACACAUAAUAGAAAGUGAAGAAACUUAAAAUCUAAAUUUAGACCAUAUGGUGCUAAAGUGUUCAUUUCAUAGAUCCACUUGCCUUCCACCUUUGCAAACUCUUUUAUGGAGUCUUUCCCCCUCCAGUUGUUUUUUUUGUCGUUUAAAAAUUACACCAUGACGUAAAAGAGUGGAAUCACCAUUGUGUACCUCAGAAAAAUGUGCAGAGACACUAUGGUUCAUAUACCCUCUCUGGAUAUUGUCCAUGCGUUCAGCUAUACAUAUUUAAAAACUUCCUUGUAGUCAUGCUGAUGUAUUGUAAUCCACAUAAGCACCAGAGGAGGUAUAUGACAUUAGAAGAGUAACAUGUGAGGACACAUUUAAUUUUAUAAGUUCUUUUGGUAGAAUACGAUUUACAAUCUAUUUUUUAUUUUAAAUUAUUUUUGCUGAAAUUGUCCUUUUACAUGCCCUGCAUAACAAGCUCAUGUUAAACGAAAACUCUUUCUUAUGCAUUAAGCCGUAAUAGUGAGAAACUAAAUUGUAUUACUUCAGGGGUUGUUGGUGUGUUUAAUUAUCAUAGCUUUAGUGUUAAUGGAGUAGCCAUCCUGCUAUGGCUGUUAUUCUGUUGUAACACCCAUCCUUUCACUCCCAUUUACAUCCUGCCCACUUACAUUCCUGAAUAGCCCUUUUUGGAAACUUAAAAGCUUAUUGGCAUCCGAACAGAGCUAAAUCUGUGAUUACUUUCUGAUAUUUCUCAAGCAAAGAAUGAGCUAUGCUCAUCAAUUGGUCAAGCACAGCAACUAUGUUAUGUUAUCACAGUGACAGAAAGCAGAGGAACCAUCUGUAGGAGGGAUCUUCUGCUCUCAUUUCACUCAGUUCCUGGCAUAGUUGCUGUGCCAGAUUGACAGAUUCACUUUGUUGUCCUGGACACUUAAUUAUACAUAUUUUAAAAAGCAGCAUAUAAAGAAUAUCCUGCUGUAUAUUGGUCUAAAAUUCCACAGGUAGGAAAUUGGAAUCCUACAGUAAAUAGUCUCAUUACAUUGAGUUCAGUGUAAAUCCAUGUUAUUGGCAUCUGUGGACAAUCACCACUCUGCAUAGAAUUAUCACUAAACAAAUUUUACCUUUCUAUUUUUAUCUUCCUCUGUAGGGGAGGAUGAGCUGUCUUUUGCUUAUGACAGCCGAGGCUUCAAGGCUUCCAAUUCACAUUUUGAAAUUUACGGGAAAACCUUUAGAGAGUACGAUGUGAUUGGCUGCUAUGCUGUAAGUUAUCCUUCACAAAAUGUAAAAGAUAAAAGGAUUUUUAUGUAAUGUAGAUUUGAGUAUGUAUGAUUUUAUAUGUAAAAAGGUGUAUGAGAGAUUAUAGACAUGCUGCAUAAUUUCAGUUUAAGCAAUUUGUAAAAGCCGUCAUUUUAACAAGAUGCGUCUAUUUUCAAAUAGUUUUUAUUUGGAUAUUUUUGUAAUUACAUAACAAUAUUAUAAAUAUUUUAUUGAAUACUAGAAGAUUAUAUCAAUCAGUGGUAUAAUACAAUAAAAUGUAUAAAUAAUUACGUGUCUAUAUUCUUUCUCUUUCCCAGGAUAUGGAGGGUGCGUCAGUAGAGUUAUCUUUUUCCAAGAAUGGAGUAGACCUUGGUCUGGCCUUUGUUGUGGAAAAGAGUUCUCUUGGAGACACGGCACUUAUACCCCAUGUGAUAUGCAAAGGCUGUGCAUUUCAGGUUAACUUUGGAAAGAAGCUUCAACCAUGGCAUCAGCCACGUAGUGGAUUCAAAUAUCUGCAAGACAUGACAUCACAGGAGCUGAGACGAACAUCCCCAGUGCCAAAAUCGAUAGAGGAAUGUGAGGUAUGUCACAAAGUGGUAUGAAAAUAAGAUCGUUAUAUUACAAUAAAAGAUGGCUGAACUCAACUAUUUAUUUACUAAUUUCCCACGGGACUAAUGGUGCUCACCUCAAAGGACUCUUUCCUGGUUAAGGAACCUUCUGAUAUGGAGACCCACCUUUAUUAAUUGCAAUUCCCAUCAGUGCGUAUGCUAUGGCCGGAUCUGCUGACCUUUUACUCCGGUGCGCCCAAGUUGUCCUUGACUCCACUACCUCUUUGACUACACCGGAACCACCAACAGGCUGAUAGGACCUCUGGUGCUUCCAAGUAGGAGUAAUGAGCUAAGGCAAGGUGCCUGUGGAUAUGUAACCUUGAGCAGCACCUAUUAUUUUUAUUUUUACCAUUUAUAUGGAUUCAGUAUUUAAUUUCUUAAAUCUCAGCUGUAUCAUCUUUUGGAGACUAAAGUGACGUGGUCUGCAGGGGAGGUUUGGAGGACAGUUAUCCUGAUUACACUAAACUAGAUAAAGAUGGGAUCGGUCUCUGUGGUACCGCAAUUUGGUUUUGUUUCCCCUUGGAGAAGGAAAAAAAUUAUUUGAAAGGUCUUGAAUGAGGUUAUGAGUAUAACAGAACACAGGAAGAGUGAGAUUAAAAGGGUUGGAGGGUAAGAGAUAUAAACCACACAACUAAGUUGUGUAAGGUAGACAAGAGAAACCUUUUAGGUAUUGUAGAGAUGCACUUCUUUCCCCAGGUAGACUCUGGGACCUCAUUCCUCCACUUCAGCUGCUGCAUCGUAGACCCUUAGGCCAAAACCUAUCUGCAUAAACCUAAUGUGACACUACAUGUAUUUUUGAGCCAGGUCAGGGACACAAGGAUGUUAAAUUAAAAAAAAUUAAAAAUUAUUCAAAUGUGUUUCAAAAUGGUAAGCUUAGAGUCAUGUCUACAAAUGCUUGCAGUUUAGGGAAUAAUAUUCAUGAACUUGUGGCAAUAAUGGCAACUAAGAAUGUAGCUUUAAUGGCUGUUACUUGGUAAUGGUAUGAUGAGAAAAAUGACUGGGACAUAGCAAUACCAGGGUACUCUUUAUAGGGAAUAGACAGAGAAGGCAAGAAAGGAGGAGCGUUGGCCCUGUAUGUGAAGGAUAGCAUAAAAUGUAGCAGGAGACCAUAUUUAAAAGAAGAAAAACUACUACAACAAGAGGCCAUAGUCUUAAAAAUAUCAGGAAGUAUUACUUUACUGAGAAGGUAGUGGAUGCAUAGAAUAGCCUUCCAGCUGAAGUGGUAGAGGUUAACACAGUAAAGGAGUUUAAGCAUGCGUGGGAUAGGCAUAAGGCUAUCCUAACUAUAAGAUAAGGCCAGGGACUAAUGAAAGUAUUUAGAAAAUUGGGCAGAGUAGAUGGGCCGAACAUUCCAUGUUUCUAUCUAUGUUUCUAAAAUCUAACAUAAUAAAAGUUAGUGAGGCGAACAUAGUUAGUUUAUGUUACAUUAGAAUUUGGUAAUCACACAGUAACUUAUGUAGGUGUGAUUUAUAGGCCCCCUGGACAAAUAGAGGUGUUAGAUAAUCUGCUAUUUGAUGAGAUAGCUAAAAUGACAUUGAAGGGGGAAGUUAUUAUCAUAGGUGACUUUAAUCUUCCUGAUGUGAACUGGAAAACCAAAAUAGCUGCUUGUGCCAGGAGCACACAUAUUCUAAAUUCCCUACGGGGAUUAUCUCUAAAAAUAGUCGUUGAGGAGCCAACUCGUAAGGAGGCCAUACUAGAUUUAGUGUUAAAUGGACACUAUGGUCACCAGAAAAAAAACUACAGCUUAUUCUAUUUGUUCUGGUGAGUGUAAUCAUUCUCUUCUGGCUUUUUGCAGUAAACUGUUUAUUUUUUUCCAGAGAAAAAAUAGUGUUUACAUUACAGCCUAGGGAUACCUCCCCUGGUAACUCCUCAUAUGGCUACUAGUGGUGUUUCCUGGGGUAGUGCAGCACAAUGUGCAGCACAGCCAUUUGGUGUCUCCACCCUCUGCAUGGAGACACUGAACUUUCGAUGCAUUGAUUCAAUGCAUCUCUAUGAAGAGACGCUGAUUGGUCAGGGCUGUGUUUGACUUGUAUUCACUCUGUCCAUGAUCUGGCUCAUAGAAUCACUUCUGAUGAUGUCAGCCAAGCAGGCAGAUCAGGGUCAGAGUCAGAAGCAGCAGACUUAAGAUUUUGCUAUAUUUAAAAGGGAAUGAGGACGUCUGGGGGACUAGAUGGUGGUUAUAACACUCUAGGGUCAGGAAUACAUAUUUGUGUUCCUGACCCUAUAGUGUACCUUUAACAAAUUGAGAUUUGGUGUUCAAUAUUACUGUAGGUAAAAGUUUAGGAUCUAGUGAUCACCAGUCAGUGGGGUUUAAUAUAAAAACCAUGACACACCACACAAAAACAAAAGUUUUAUACUUUAUUAAAAACAGACUUUUCUAAAAUCAGAAUUUGCGUAAGGAGUCAUGAUCAGUCUGGAGCAGUUUAAAUGGAGUCCAAGAGAAAUGGGAUUAUGUAAAAGUUGCACUCCUGAAGGCAACAGAAACUUGCAUUAGGUGGUACUUUGCAGAAGUGGCCAAAAUAGUAAAAAACUGAAAGUUAGCAUUUAGUAAUUAUUAAAAAAAUAAAACCUAAAAAAACAGAGUGAGGAAGAAAGACAGAUCUAUAAGAUUAGGCAAAAAGAGGCAUAUAAACUUAUGAGCCCCCAAAGCACACACAGAAGAGAAAAUAGCCCAGUCAGUAAAAAGAGGGAUAACACCUCUAAAUGCUUACCUAGAGCAACCAAAUGUGAACACCCAGUGGUUAUUGUCUCCUGUACCUAUCUGCAGUUUUAUUAUUUUCUAUAAUGAUUUUAUCUAUCUCUGAUUCUAAUAGAGCUGCAAUCCAGUUUCAUUUGUUCUCUCUUAUUAUGAAAAUUGUAGCUUCCUUGUUAUUUAAUAGGUUGCCAUCACUUCUCCAUUAAUAUAUGUAUUAUCUUGUGAAAUGUUAAUGCAAGCCUGUCUAUUGUACUAUGCACUUCAGUAGUGGGGAAAGUAAUGGAAACCAUGUUAAGGGAUAGGAUUGAUGAACAUCUAAACUCACAUGGAUUUCAAGAUCAGAGACGACAUGGGUUUACUUCAGGAAGAUCAUGCCAAACUAAUCUUACAGGAAAAAAAAUGGGAAUUGGGGGCACACUCAGAAAUGCAUAUCCAAGCAGUGGUGUUGCUAUAAAGACCAAAACAUAUACAAAAGACGGUUAAAGGAACAGCGCACACACAAGCAAAAAUACAGCUUUACAUUUAACAAGGCUACUUAAAAUCACCUAUCUUAGCAAAUCAAUAUCUGGAUUUAGUUCCACCAUAUGGUCAUAUUGUGUUAAACCCAACACUAUGUCACAGUACCCCAAUAUUGAUCGAUCCUCCACUAAUUUUAACAUCAGAAAUUAACAUGCUAACUUAAAAUACAUACUUGCAGUAUAAACUGCUUCAAGAGACUCCUCAAUUUAAGCUUUCCAGGGGUGACCUCCAAAGGGGCCAAAGUAAUCUUAAUAUAUAUAUAUAUUGUUUAACAUUGUAUUAACUACCCACAGACUUCAGGUGGAAGGGGUUUUCAAUCACAAUUUUUCCCCACCAUAACCUAAUUGGAUUUUGCUUCCCAAGCACUACCAAGCCUCAAUAAGCAAACCAGUAACCAACCUCAUGCUGAAGAGUUGCAUUAACAACGAAACAGCUGUCCAUGAGUGGUUCACUGGUUUUGCAUCUUUUCCUAAAUUGUGUUCCAAGCAGUUGUAUACUGCAAACACAGAUUAAAAGGAAUCCAUGUUUAAAAUGGAAUGAGGCAAAAAUGUGAUUCUUUGUUAAACUAAUUUGCAUAUGCCCACCCAGAAUCCUUUGCGGUUGUAACAUCACUGCAGAUUUGGGAUUUCUGUGGGAAAAGCAAGUCUUAUGGCUUGACUGGUGUGCAGAUUUUAGUUUAACAUUGUAUUAACUAUAUAUAUAUAUAUAUAUAUAUAUAUAUAUAUAUAUAUAUAUAUAUAUAUAUAUAUAUAUAUAUUUAUUUUGAUUCGGUAACGAAACUAAUAGAUUACCAUGGUGCAGUAGACAUUGCUUACCUAGGUUUCAGUAAGGCUUUUGACAGUGUCACACAUAGAAGGCUUAUCAAUAAACUGCAAUCUUUGCAUUUGGAUUCCAAUAUUAUUAAAUGGGUUACGCAAGUGGCUGAGUGACAGGCAACAGAGAGUUGUAGUCAGUGGAGAAUAUUUGAAGCAUGGUUUUGUCACCAGUGGGGUACCUCAGGGAUCUGUACUUGGACCCAUUCACUUUAAUAUUUUUAUUAGUGAUAUUGCAGGUCUUGAUGGUAAGGUAUUUCUUUUUGCUGAUGAUACGAAGAUAUGUAACAGGGUUGAUGUUCCAGGAGGGAUAAGCCAAAUGGCAAAUGAUUUAGGUAUUUAGCUCAGUGCGGUGGAAACUGACAUGUAAUGUGGAAAAAAGCAAGAUAAAAACCCAGGGGCAAAGUAUAGAAUAUUUGAUAGAGUACUAACCUCAACAUCUAAGGAAAGGGAUUUCGGGUAAUUAUUUCAGUUUACUUGAAGGUAGGCAGACCGUGUAAUAGAGCAGCAGGAAAUGCUAGCAGUAUGCUUGGUUGUAUAGGGAGAGGUAUUGGCAGUCACAGGUGAGACCUCACUUGGAGUAUUGUACGCAGUAUUGGAAACCAUAUCUCCAGAAGGAUAUUGAUACUUUGGAGCAAUUUCAAAGAAGGGCUACAAAACUGGAUUGCAGGGUAAAACUUACCAGGAAAGGUUAGAGGAUCUUGACGUGUGUAGCUUGGAGGAAAGACGAGACGAGGAUAUGAUAGAAAUAUUUAAAUACAUAAAGGGAAUCAACACCGUAAAGAAGGAGCGUGUAUUUAAAAGAAGAAAAACUGCAAGAGGAUAUAGUCUUGAAUUAGAGGGGAAAAGGUUUAAAAGUAAUAUCCAGAAGUAUUACUUUACUCAGAGAGUAGUGGAUGUAUGGAAUAGCCUUCCAGCUGAAGUUGUAGAGGUUAACACAGUAAAGGAGUUGUUAACCAUGUGUGGGAUAAGCAUAAGGCUAUCCUUGCUAUAAGAAAGAAAAAAAAAUGGAGCAGCUCUAUAUAACAAAAUAAAAGGCAGCACACCGAAAAAAGGAAAUUCUCUAAAAGAACCCUUGAAAAUUUUUAAAAAUAGACAAUGAUAUAGGUGCGCAAGAGGACAAUAUGGGGAGAUAAUUGGGAACAGGAAAUAAAACUCUAAAUAGGUAUAUGAAAUAAAGGUGCUCUAAGACAGUGGACUUCCUGACGAGGCUGAGUUGAAGACAGGGGACUCUAAAUAUAUAGAGGCAGACAGGUAGAGGACCAGAUGAUCUCCCCUUCUUCUCCCUCCCAAGUUUGGUUGGUUUUGUUUCAUUAUAGUUUAUGUAUAAGAUAAUCUUUGAAUUGAUGCCUUUGUGGUACUGACAUAUCACUUGAUAUAACAAUAGUGAAGAGAGAAUCUGAGGCUCCCGGAGAUGUCUACUUGAAUUGAAAUGGUCCUGCGUGACCACUGGAUAUGAGAAACAGUUAUAGGACCUACAGGUAUUGCUAUCGGGGUUCUUUGUAUUUUACAGCUGCUGUGAGCAAUAUAUAUAUAUAUAUAUAUAUAUAUAUAUAUAUAUAUAUAUAUAGUUACGGAUGGUGAGGAGAAUAUUCCGUUCUGUAUGGCUAUAAGAGACGCAUCACAACUUCUCACCAUGGUUGGGUCAUUGCAUAUGAAACAACCCACAGGUUAAGUGAUAAUACUAGAGUGGGGGAAAAGUUUGACUGAAAGGGGAGGUGACCAUCGGGACCCGACAGUGCCUGUUGUUCUGCAGGAGCUAUACCGCCUACUUACCCAACUAACGCUUCUGCAGAGUAUGGUUGACUUAACCCUCCACAUUUAUUGAUCGAGAAACCCAUUUUGGCUUCCCAAAUGUCUUUAUAACGUACAGAAGCACAAUUAAUGGCUUCACUAUGUACUAAAUACAGGCAAGAGGUGACCUGUGCUUUCAUACCAACAUAGAACAGGAGCAUUCGCGGGGAACUGGGUAUGCGAUACUGCUGCCACUUCCCGAUCACUGGGGGGGAUUGGUUUGGUCAUGGCCUACUUUCCUGUUUAUCGCCUACUGUGGGGCAGUGGACUCACUUGUGGAAUGUUUUAUACCUGGGCAAACAUAAAUAAUUUUGAAGGAAUCUGUUUAUGUUUGAUAUCUUUAAAAACUAUACAGUCAUUUUAUCCGCCGCAACUGAAGCUUUUUGUACAACAUACAUGUAUAAAAGAGACUUGAUGUUUAUGAGGUUAUGUUGGAAAACCAAAAUGAAAAAAGUAUUGAUUUCCUUUCAUUCACUCUUAUCAGGUAGUGAUGAUGAUUGGACUUCCUGGAUCAGGAAAGACGACUUGGGUUAAAAAACACAUGCAAGAGAACCCAGAUAAGCAUUAUACACACCUGUGUAUAGACCGACUUAUACCACAAUUGAAGGUAUGAAGCAUGUAAUAUGGAAUAGGAAAGAAUGUGAUAUGCAAACAGUCCCACUUCUUAUUUCUAUACAGACUGUUGGACCUGAGCCUUUUGAGGAGAACUCCAAAACCAGGGACCGUUUGAUCAAGGAGGCCACACAAUGUCUAAACCAUCUCAUGCCAAUAGCUGGCCGUCGGAGAGGAAAUUAUAUAAUUGAUCAGGUGAAAAUAUUUCUGUUCAAUUCACCUACCCCACUGAUUUUUUUUUUUUUUUUUUUAAGCUUACCUAUAGCAUUUGUCAUUCUUAAUUUUCUUUUCUUCCUUCCUCAGUGCACAGUACAUGAAUGUGCUCAAAAAAGAAAAAUGAAGUGUUUUGGACAUUUCAUUCGUAAAGCAGUUGUGGUGGCCCCUGAAGAAGAAGAAUGGAAGAGGAGACUGGCGCUACGUAAAGAGGAGGGAGAGAUCUAUCCAGAGUCUAUCCUCUUAAACAUGGCAGGUAACAAAAUACUACGAACAGAAAUGUUCUUCUCUAGUAAUCAUCAUUGUCUCACAUUGAUGGUUGCCAUUUUCAUUAUUGCACUCUGUCAGACAGGUCUUUGGUGAAUUCCUGUCCUUAUCCAGUUUUGAGCAAUUCAUCGAAAGUCAGACUCCCUCAUCCCUGUGUGUUGCAAUACAUUCGUUUAUAUCCUCCACAUUCUAAUACUCCUGCACCCCCUUCAUGGUCUCGCAUUGCUUCAUUCGCCUUUCCCAAACAUCCUGCCAUUUAGACUAGGGCCCCGGCGAAUGGACUGAAUUUCAUCCUAACAGAAUGUGUCGUUUGUCAAUUAGUGUUAGGAUGCAAUUUGGCCAUUUUUUUCCCGUUGGGAAUUUCACUCAAAAGAAUGAAAUUCCAUUCCGUGCCCCGGCUGCAUCCUCUUAGUAGAUAGUCCCCUAAUUCACACAAGGAUUAGGGAGCUAUCUACUAAACACCUGAAAGACCAAAUUUGGUCUUUCAGCCAACUUUACUAAAUUAUAAGUAUAAAUUACUGUGAAAGGGAAAAAUACUUAUAAAUUAUAGGUGGAGCGCUUGUGAAUGGAAGGAGGUAUCUUACCCUUUUUCUAUGAUUCUUGCAGGGGGUCCAGGGAAGCAACAAUAAAAAAUAGGCACUAUGUAGUGCAGAUGGUAAUAUUUAGUCAUCCACAGAUUUAAAAAAGCACCUAGAUACCCUCAUAAUGGGGUUGCAGAUAUGCCUUUUAAGGAAGCAUGCCACCUCUUUUCAAUCCCAGUUGUCAAUUUCCAUGAGAAAACAGGAACAGAUAAUAGUGCAAUAUGAGUCAGAUGACCAGAAUGAUAAAAUGGUCUUGCUCACCUAAACAGGAGCCUAGCUAGUGCAUUGUGUCAGUCUAUGGAGUGACUCCUCUUCUGUAUCCUUGGUUGCUUAAUAUAGAGUGCCGGCAACAGUGCUUUGAAUUAACGAUUUAUUUAUAACAAAAUAUGUACAUAAAAACAAUAAAAGGGCCACUUAGUCCAGCCUUUAAUAUCGCCAAAACUCAUUUCACUAUGUAAAACCGCUUCCUCAGUCAUCAUCAGCCUAAAAUUUAGGGCCUAAAAUUUUUGGUUUUACCCCAUCAUACGUGUGUCUACCUGCUUUUUUAUCUGUGGAUCACUAAAUAUUACCAUCUGCACUUUAUAUUGUUCUUUUUUAUGUUUUUACAUAUGUUGCCAUCCUGAACCCCCUGUAUAUUUUACUUGUAAUUUUUAUGAUUUUAUUGUACCUGUGGUGAGGGAACCAAGGUACCCUACAAAAAUGACUUACUAUUAGUAAAUAAGGGAGUUUAAAAUAUCCCUCCUGCGAGUGGGGGCUAUUAACCCCUUAGUGACCAGACCGCUUUUCAAUUUUCUUACCGGGGGUACUGUUAUACUCUGGAGACUUUGUUGAACACAAAUAUUAGUGUUUCAAAACAGUAAAACGUAUUACAACAAUAUUUUAAUAAAUUAACGUGCCGUUUGUGUGUGAAAAAUGCAAAAAACUUUCACUGACAAUAUCAAAGCGAUCACAUGGCCCCUGGGGGGUCCUAAUUUGCUGAGGGGGGACUGUCUCGGCUGUCAAACAGUCCCCCCAUUGAAGAACACCAAUCGCCAGCAGGGGAUCGGUGGUGAUCGGGUAAGUACAUGGGAAGGGAAGGUGUUCAUUUUUUUUUUCCCCCCCCACUGAGUGCCUCGACCCCUUGAGACAUUAACCACAGGCAGAGCGUCGGAAGCCUGCCUGAUGGCUUCCGAUGCUCUGCCUCACUGCCUGGCGCCACGCGGGGCUAAAAAUAAAUAAAUGUAUUAGUUUGACUGUAUUUAAGGAUUUUUAUCAUCUCACCCCCCACUAUUAUUAGGGUGAGAGUGGUAGGUAGGGUUUUUUUUUUUUUUAUUGGUUGUAACGAGGGGCUUGGGGACCCCUUGUCAAUGGGUGGAGUGGUGAAAACUAGUGGCUUGGGGACCCCUAGUCACUGGGAUGGGGGUGACUAGAGCUUGAUGACCCCUAAUGACUUGAUGGGGGCUUUAUUUUAACAAUUAGUCACAGGUGACAAGUGAGGGCUAAGGGCAGGGGGGAUACAAUAGCCACCGGCUGCUCACAGUUUAGUAUACAUGCCACUAUGCUGCAAGUAGGGGCAGGAAGGAGAGCACAGCAAAGCUCCCUGCCGCUUCUGUCACAUAUUACAAGGAGGGAGCCACAAACCGGUACCUCCCUCCUUGUAAUAAACUAAACAAACUAACGACGACCGAAUUGAAAUUAGUUUUUAAUCAAUUUCUAUUUGUUUAUUCGUCUUUCUGAUGAAUGAAGGAAUAGCCGAAAUUCUCGAAUUUCUGACAUUAGCGAAUGCCCAAGUGUUAAACCACAGUGCUAUCUAGUGUGGGCAGAUGACUUAUCCUGCAGGGCCUUCAUCUGCCCAGACAAAGAUGGCGGUGCCUAGGACCAAGAUGCAGGCAAAGAACGAACAGGUAAAUAAAGGUGAAAUGGGGAACCUAGGGGCAUUUGGUGGUUACCAGGGGGCAAUAAUAUGUAGUGAAGUUGGGAGGGGGGGGGUUAAACUCCCCCCCCCACCCCCCCCAGAUUAAACUUUUAGACUGUAUUUCUUUUGCCGUUUGAUGUGAUGCAUUUGUUUAUCAAUAAGGAUUUAUUAGCAGAUGCAAUGUGCAUGUGACAGUGUUUGUGAUUACUUAUUUAUAUUUGCUUAUUGGCAAUUGAUCUAAUGUGACAAACCAUUUUUUAGUUAUUUAAGAGAUUAACUCUUCUGUGAACUACCAGGAAAUGGUGAGAUAUUCUCCAUAUGAGUGUACCAAGUAUUAUUAUUCUAGAUUAAUGCAGCGGUUCCCAAAGUGUGGGUUGCGCUGACCCACACAUCCAGGGCCGCCGGGAAGUCAGGCAAGCAGACUGAUUAGUCGGGCUUUCGGUCCGUGACCGCGGGCCCGACACCAGGAAGGAGCCCAGCGGCUUGCCCUGUAUGCCGCCGGGCUCCCUCCAAUCAGUCUGCCCAGCACCUCCGGUGUUCUAUCAAAUUCCCCUACCUCGUGAAAAUCCCCUACCCUCGUCACUUCCAAUGAGGGGAAUCAGCUGGAUCCUGGGCUACACAUGCGUGCUAGUACUCCUGCUACUCCCCCACAGCAAGGUCCUGGAAGGUAAGUAAAACUAGUUUUACACUUUCAUUAUAGUUAGUGCAUUUACUAAGCUUAGCCACACGGGAAUUUAGGGUUAGGUGAGGGUUCAAAUUAGGGUUAGGUAAGUGAUUUUAACCUCUCUCAAACUCUGUCUUUGCCCUAACCCUUGGGGUAAGGGUUACAAUAAAGCGUGAAAAAGCACAAUUUAGUGAUAUUCCCCUAAUGUGAAAUAUCACUAAAUAUGAACAAGUCCCUAAUCCUAACCCUAAUUUGAACCCUAACAUCAACCCUAAAUGUCCCAUGUCCUAAGCUUAGUGAAUGCACUAACUAUCCUGAAAGUGUAAAACUAGUUUUACUUACCUUCCAGGACCUUGCUGUGGAGGAGUAGCAGGAGUGCUAUCACGCAUGUGCAGCACAGGAUCCAGCUGAUUCCCCUCACAGGAAGUGACUAGGGUAGGGAAUUUUCACAGGUAGGGAAAUUUGAUAGAAGUCUCGCGAGCACCCAGAGCGUUACCAUGGCAACACUCUUGGGCGCUCGUGAGACUUUUAUUACACUGUCUGCAGCUCUGCACCCGGCGGAGCUGCAGACCGAAGAGUUACCCCACUGGACUACCAGGGAGACACUGGACCACCAUUGAAUUCAUGAAAGGUAGGACACUGCCCCCAGACAUUCUCCCUGCCCUCCCCCAAUGUAACCCCUUCACACCGUGCCCUCCGCCAAUGUAACCCCUUCACUCCCUGCCCUCCCUUUCAAACACCAAUACUACACACAAAAAGCACACCUGCAUUUCAAGUCCCACACUACAUACAAAACACCCCUGCAUUCAGAUGCAAACAUUGCAAACAAGUACACCACUACAUUCCAAUGGCAACAGUACAUACAAAUACACCCAUACAUGUACACAUAUACUUAAUACAAAAAACAUGCUUACAUUCAAACACUGCUCACAAAUAUAACCCUGCAAUGAUAAGAAAAUGGUAGAUCCCCAUCUGGUAUAGCAUUGUUGAAAUUCUCCGACAGAUGGAGAUCUACCUUUUGGCUACACUUUCACUAGAGGGGGGCCCAGAAAACAUUCUUGCACCAGGGCUAACUCUACAUUAGUUCCACCACUGGGAUAAUCAAUGUGAGGUGCCUGGAUGAAAGAGCAGGACACAGCACUUCUGAUUCUGAGUCUGUGAGUAAUCAGUUGUAUGUCUCUAAAACUGAUUGCCAUGAUGUGCAAAGUUUCUACCUCUAAAACUGCCAUGAUAUCCCUGAAUUAUGCCUCUACAACUGCCAUAUUAUGCCAAUUUUAUGCAUCUAAAACGGAUUGCCAUGGUGUGCCAAUUUUAUGCUUUUAAAACUAUUGCCACAGUGUGCCAAUUUUAUGCAUCUGACUGUUUGCCAUGAUGUGCCAAUUGUAUUCCUCUGAAGCUGAUUGCCAUGAUGUGCCAAUUUUAUGCCUCUAAAACUGAUUGCCAUGAUGUUCUGAAUUUAUGCCUCUAAAGCUGGUUGCCAUGGUGUGCCAAUUGUAAGCCUCUAAAGCGGAUUGCUAUAGUGUGCCAAUUUUAUGCAUCUAAAGCUGCCAUAAUGUUCCAAUUGUAUGCCUGUAAAGCUGAUUGCCAUGGUGUGCCAAUUGUAUGCAUCUAAAGCGGAUUUCCUUGGUGUGCCAAUUUUAUGCCUCUAAAACUGAUUGCCACGGUGUGCCAAUUGUAUGCAUCUAAAGCGGAUUGCUACAGUGUGCCAAUUGUAUGCCUCUAAAGCGGUUUGCCACUUUUUAAAAUAUGCAUUAAAAGCAAGUGGGUCUCGAAAAAUUACAGUUUUGAAAAGUGGGUCUCUGCCCAUAAAAGUUUGGCAAGCCCUGGUUUGAUUAUGUAUAUGUGUCUUUUAGCCAUACAAACAUAAUUAUCAGGGAUUUGUAGUGUUCUGUUUACCUUUCUCCCCUAAAUUUAACAAAUGAUGUCUGAUGUGAUGGGACUCACUGUAUAUAUCACUGUAUAUCCUUGAACUGAGUGCCUCCAUCUUUUCUCCCUAUCUAUCAGUGCUAUAAGCUCUUCCUUUUGCAACUGACAGCUUAAGGAAAAUAGGAGCAUGCCAUGUCUACUUUUAUAGACUGCUUUCAUUCAUUGACAUAUUUGUGCUUUUUUCCAGCUCAUUUCAAAUUCCCAAGGAAGAGGAAGAUACAUCUGGAAUCGAUCCUGUGUUCUGAGCGUAGUUACGAGGAAUCUGCAGCGGAGGUUUGGAACCGGAAGAAAGAAGCCUUUGAAAAACUGGGUCUGUUUACCAAAUAUGACUUUUUUGUUGUUGUUGUUGUUGUUGUUUUUUUUUCUUCCAUUUAGUUUUUUUUUUGUGUCUCAAAAUACUGCCCCUCAAUUUUUGGUAAAUCAAAUUUUAUUCUGUUUCAUGUAUUACAAUACAGAUAAACAGCAUUCAAGAUGCCCAUUGUUUACAGUUUCCAUGUGUUUCAUAAUAAUUUAACAGAGAGGUCUCCAUUCUGAAACCUCACAAUUAUACAUCAAUUUCCCGUAACUCAUCCCUCUCACGUUCUGUUUCUCUCUCACCCUUUCCCUGUUAAAAAAAAAAAAGCAGCUAAUUAUUAUGCUCAAACUUCAGUAUUGCUUGGAACUUCAUUGGGUCCAUAUUGUUGGGAUGGUGGGCAUGCCCACAUACGCACCAAAGACCAACUCCAAUAUGGAACGUAGUUCCUCCGUACGUUGGAACCAUAAGCUGGGGUGGGGCCAUUGGUUUUCUCCCUUAUAAUGGAAUAAGACCUUUGUUCAUGUUCAAUAUAUGAAUAGUCAUGGUCUAUUUAUACACCAAUGUACUGAUACUCUGUUUAGUAAAUAAAGAAAGCGAUAAAGCCAAGGGUUACAAUGUAGGUUCCAUUAUUUACUCCAUCAAGGGAAAUCUCUGCAUUAAAUCCCUGAUCAUGUUAUUAAUGCAUCUGUGUUUGUUGCUGUUAUUUUAGGUAACAUUUACAUUAUACGCGUAUGACCCAGGUAUAGUUGUUCUUUAAUAAAGGACAUUCCAUGCACCAUAACCACCACAGUGUAUUUUUAUGGUAAUAACGAGUUGUCGUUACAAAUGUCACUUUCAAAUCUUUGCUGUACUUUAUCUUUAUCUUUCAGAGUGCCAGCUCUGCCAUGGUUUAUUUUAGUAUCAUUUAAGGACUUCUCAUUUCCCCAUUCAGCUGGUCAACUAUUGGUAUUGCUUGAAUCAGAGCGUUGUGCUCCCACGCUAUGAACAAGCACUGUGUGCUUGUGCAGUACAAGUACCUGAAAUGCUAAAUGGACAAAUCGUGUUUCCUAAAAUUAUAUCAAAGGAAGGAAAAGUCUGGCCUUCCAAUAACAAUUUGCAAGGAUUGUUAAUGUAAUUUGCGGCAGCUGAUCACGCUUAACACUGAGCUGCACUGCCCUGCCACGCUUAGGCAAUGAGUGUUAAUUUAAUGGGUUGCUGUGUUUUAAAUGAAACUGUUUUGUUUGCACAUUCCUGACUUUGUUUCUGCAUUAUAAUUUUUAGAUUUUCUAUGCAUAUACUCUAUAAAGAUAUUGCUAUAGACAAAUGUGUUUACGCUAUUUUCUGUUCUAAUGUUAAAGUGGAUAGCUAAUUGCUGUAAGUGGUUUAGAACACCGUGCACAAACCUGGGCCACGUAUUCAUUUGUACAGAUUUCUAACAGUGUUUGUUAUUCUUUAUAUCUGCCUUUUCUGUUGCCCAAACUGUCAUAGAGUGGUCCACUUCCCUACACCACUGUGACUUAACAUUUUCUAUAUUUUCCAUUGUACAGGCCCUAUUCAGAAAGACACAACUAGGAACACUUUCAAGGAGAUUUCAAAGCCACAUCCCUAUCACCGGCCUUCACAAAUACAGCAACGUCCGAGAACAAAAGGGGUAAGAAUAAUAUGAAUGCAUGUGUUGGGUAAAGUCCUUGGGGUAUUGAUAAGGUUGGUUUUUUUUGUGCAGUGAAAUUCAUGGUUUUGGGAUGUCCAACGUAUAUUUAUUUUAUAAACCCUUUCUCAAAUAGUUCUUUCUCAUUCUUCCUUUCACUGUUAGGGUUUCCCGAAUUUUCGUGGGCCACACUCACCUCAACAGAAUAGGUUUAUUGCACCACGGAACUACAAUCUACAGUACCGAGAGCUGCAGGUGGGUGUGUCUUUCUGGGAAUAUUUGUGCAUAUGUAUAGGUUAUAUAUCCACUUACACAAAAAUAACCCCUUUGUGAAUAAACCACUAUAUGGUUAGUCAGGGCAGGUAGUAUCCGCUCUACCCUAGGCUUCAAUCCUGCAAUUCCCAUAAAGGGGAAAUGAUAUACUGAUGGGCGAGUUUGGCUGCCUUUUACUGAAUGUGGUCAUCCCUUUCAAUACUCUGCCCUACAAUUCAAGCAGGUAUCAGGAGCCGCAAAAGCCGAGAUAGUAGGGAACAACUCCCACCAAUUUCGGCACACAGCCAUACAGGUUCUGCCUCCAUCAGAUAUAUAUUCCUUGUGUCCACACAUAGAUGGCGGACACUGAGAUCAGUGGCAGCCAACAUCAGGCUCAGGCUCCCACUAUCCUCAGCAGUUGCGGAUGUCAAUUAGCCACUACACUAUAUAGUGUUAUGGGCCAAUCAAACUGAGCACAUAUAAUAAAAAGGGAACUAAAUGUUGAAAAAAUUAUAUUGAAAAGCAAGUAUAAGCUCUAAAGAUAGAACAAAAUUGGGGUUCCGCUGCGAUUUGCCCAUCUGGUGGCCCAAGCACUUAUGGCCACCCGAUCGGUAUUCCUGAACAGGGGCCUGGUCAGGUGCCGUGGCUGUUUAAGAGUAUCGGUUGCUGGGUGGAAGUGACAGCCUGUGGCUGGAGAGAGGCAGCAGCCAGCAGCACACUAUCCUCAGCCAGCAGCACACCAAGCAAGGCACCCUCCUGCAGAAAAAAAGGUAAUCUAACAGGAGGGUGAAUGCAAAUAUAAAUAUUAUGACCCGUGUGUGUCUCAUUUUGUGUAUCUGUGUGUCAAGGUGUGCAUGUGUCAUUAUGUGUGUAUGUGCCAGUGUGUGUGUCUGAGUUUGUUCAAGUGGUAUUUAAAGACACAUCAGCCUUCACAAAUAAAGCAACAUCAGAGACCAACAGGGGUAAGAAUAAUGUGGGUGCAUGUGUAGGGUAAGUCUUUGGGUUUUUUAUAUGGUUGGUUUUGUUUUUGUUUUUGUGCAGUGAAAUUCGCAUAUGUGGGAUGUCCAAUCUAUAUCUAUUUUAUGAGCCCUUUCUUGAAUAGUUCUUUCUUGUUCUUCCUUUCACUAUUAGGGUUUCCAUAAUUUUCGUGGGCCACACCCACCUCAACAGGAUAGGUUCAUGGCGCCACAGAACUACAAUCUACCGUACAGAGAGGUACAGGUGAGUGUUUCUAUCUCAGAAUAUUUGUGCAUGCGUAUAUGUUAUAUAUCUACUUAUAGCAUAUAACCCCUUAGUUAUUUCCCAGAAUAAACCACUAAAAGGUUGGUCAAUGUAGGUAGUACCAGCCCUAUCCUAGGCCUUAAGCAAUGACUCCUUUCAGUCAUAUUUUAAUUGUUUUCAUGACAUUAACCUACAGCUGUUUUACACCUCUCGUACAAUAUUAUAAUGUUGUUUGACCAGAAUUAUUAUUCUCAUUGCUCCCAGACAGCUGUAAUAUUUGUUUGUAUUUUCUCUCCAGGAUUGGCAAGACUUCAGUGGCAGGCCUCCGUACUGGAAUUACAACGAGUGGAAUUACUAAUUUUAAUGGAAAUCUUCAACAUCCGUUUUACAUUUCAAUGUAUCUAUUUUGUUUGGUUUGUGAGUUGUUUUAUUUAUUUUUUUUAAUCCCUUUGUAAUUCAUCGUUGACAAUUUAAACUAGCAUUUUUACUAUGUGCCAACCAUUACCAUCUUCUUUAAUCUCGAUUACCCAUUAACCCACAGUGGGAGGGAAAAAAAAGAGAAGAAUCAUUACUGCCUAGACAUAUAAGGCCAACCUAUUCUGUUUUUGUUAUGGUAUUUACACUGGGCAAACCCCAUUUUUGCUUGUUAGAACUUUUAAUUUGGCACUUUAAUAGAAACCUAGGUUUUGAGUGAAGUUUAAAGACAAGGGGUCAAUCUAUCCUCCCAAUUCUUAUCAACGUACAUGCUUUGUACACCAUUAAUGCAUAACCUUUGUAGUGGACUAUAUGUUAUUUACUUGUUAAAAGAUUACCUCAACCAUCAUAACCGCUAGGGCCAGUCGUUUUAAGUUUGGCCUGUUGCCGGGUCUCCACUGAAGCAAGAUUAAUGACAUCUGGCUUGUGUGAAGCUGCAGAACCUUGAUGUGGAUUUUUCCAGUCCUUUAUUGAAUUAGAUUCUGUGCAUCAAAAUUUGCACAGAAGUUAGAUUAGCCAGUGUGGAACUCUAGUUCUGGGCUGGCUCAUGAUACUGAUAGUGAUGUUGCUGAAGGUGGAGUUACACCAUCGGCAGCUAAGGGGUUAACUCGGUAUGUGCAGCAUUGAAAGUAAAAUGCUACGCUUAUAGACUCCAUCAUGGCUACUUAAAAUCGCUGAAGUAGUAAUAGUGACUGGAGUAAACCAUUGAAACUCUCUGGGUUUACCAUACGAUCGCAGAGCUCCCACUUCUGUCCACUGAUACACAGUAGAGGUGUAUAUAUGUGCAGUUUUUGACCAUCCUUCACCCAACUGUAAAGCAGUGGAAAAUCCAGUCCACUAACGUACAUAAUGAUAGAUAUUGCUCAUCAUUAUCCAACAGCCACACAUUCCUAUUGACUCCCUCACUAUGGAUAAGUAUAGUUGACAAGCAGAAUUAUUCACGCUUCAGUGAAUACGUAGGAUGAUGUGUAUGGUACUUGGCUCUAACUGAAUAAUGCUUCACAGGAGGUAAUGGAAACGGUGAACUUCCAGAACAAAGAAUAGCCAUUUUAUUUGACUUCAGAUUUUGUUUUUAAAGGGACACCAAUGAUGUGAAAAAUAAAAUUAUCUUUACCGUAAUCGAGUGUUGUGAUCAUAAAGCUCUGUGUCUGUGGAAGUUGGAUUUAUUUAAUUAACUGUAAAGCACAUGUAAUGCUUUGGUAAUACUCUAUAAUGUACUUGGCUUCCUAAAUGUGGAAGGAGCACACAGCCAUCUUCACACUAUUUAUAGGUUGUUCCCUUACAUUGCUGCAUGCAACACUACUUCUAUGUA